UCUUCAGAGCAGCAAAAACAUUUACAACUUACAUUAACAUCACUUUAGAGCUGUUGGUAACGCUUUACUUGACACCUAUCUCUAUAACGCAUUAUAAAUAUAUGUAUAAUGCAUUAUAGUACUGUAUAACUAUAGUUAUAAACACUCAUAAAUGAUCAUAAUGCUUUAUAGCAAUAAUCAUAACACAUUAUAAAGAAUUUUAUCAUGACUUACAAGGUCAGGUAUUAUAAUUAGUUAUGCUUAUUGUUAUAAAGCCUUAUGAUAAUUAAUGAGUGUUUAUAACUAUAUUCAUACAAGUUUAUAAGCAAAUGAUAACACAUCAUAAAUAUAUGUAUAAUGCAUUAUCUAUGUGGGCAUUGUGAGUGAGUUGUUAACAGUUAUAACACAUUAUAAUACCUGACCUAGUAAGUCAUGAUAAAAUUCUUUAUAAAGUGUUAUGUGUUAUUAUUAUUGCUAUAAAGCAUUAUGAUUAUUUAUGGGUGUUUAUAACUAUAGUUUUACAGUGUUAUAACAUGAUUAUAAUGCAUUAUACAUAUAUUUAUAAUGCGUUAUGGAGAUAGGCGUCAAAUAAAGUGUUACCAUGAUGUUCGCUAACUAAAGUGUUAAGGCUUAUAUAACUGUUGGUAAAUGCGUGUGUAAUGUGACUGUUGUGAACUCCGAUAGUCGAUCUCGUAUCAGAGUGGAAAAAAACAAGCAGAAAAAGAAGAAGAGGUAAACUAUGUGAAGAUUGGUGCAGUGUUAGGCUGUAGAUAAGGGCUGUCACCUCAUGUUAGAGGGAACUAUGAGGUUAAUAGAAAGUAGAAGGGGUGAAGUGAUCUGUCAUCCACUUCUUACACCGUGUAUCCUGACACUACAGGCUCUGUAGUAGCUCUGUACUCUAUAAGAAGUAACACAUAUGAAGUGUUUAUCAAUUUGCAGUGCAGUUGUGUAUCUAGCUGUUUUUCACUGCAAUUAACACUUUCACCUGCAUGCCUUGAUCAGUUUAUAACAACUUACCGAGUGUUCAGUCAGAGUUUCUGUCCUCCUGCUCUUAAAGCAGCAGUUGGUGUCCUGAGAGCCAACAGCUCCCCUCACUGGUCAAGAUGUCAUAAUGAGUAGUCACAACCUAAGGGAGGAUUUAAAAAGACAUAGUUAUGAACUGAAUCCAGUUGAAGGACAUAAUUAAGGACUUGGACAAUACUGUAUAAUUGAUGUCAAUAAAAUCCAUGUACAACAGAGUGGCAAUAACUGAAAGAGAGUCAUCCAUUGUGCCUUUAAUUCAGACACUUAACACGCUGUCUGUCUGUGGUCCUAAGAUAAGCAAGGUCUCCUUCACAUUAGCUUGCAGGGGGAUUCUUGUAAUUUCAGUGUAGUGAGUGAAAUCCCCCCUGACUUGAGAAUUUUUUUUAAAUGUGAUACAGUUGCAUCAGCCCCCCUCAGUUUAUUUCCCUGAUGAUUUUAGUUUACUGCCCUGCAUGUGCAGCUCUUGGCAGAAGAAUCAAAUUGCAUGAUCUUUUUGAGUAUUACUUGUCUUUCAGUUUAGUUUAGUUUAUUUAAUCCUAAUUUCACUUACACAGAUUUUUUUUGGAAGGGUGGUAUUGCUACUUUUGACAAACAAAUGAUCAUGAUGUCUCCUCCACUAUUAUUUGUACUGCAGCUGUUUGAGGCCCCUGGACUUCUGUCAAUUUCUCUCUUGCUGAGUAAACUUUUUUUAAUUCAAGUAAAAUACAAACUAAACAUAUUAAGUGCUUAUUAGAAAUUUACAGUUAAUGUAAUCAUAGUGAAAACUUAGGACAGAGUAUUAGAGCCACAUUGAGAAAAAAAAAGAAAGACUUUAACAUUAAAUCAUUAAUUUACGAGAAUAAUGUUGUAAUAAAAUGAUCACUUACGAGAGUAAAGUCAUAAUAAAGUCCUUAUUUUCUAACCUGCUGUUAAAUAUUAAAGUUGUUGAAAUGAGAGCCAUGGAGCAUUUUGUGAAUAGUAUUUCAAUAUGUUUCUUAAACAAGGAGAUACUUAAUCUUUAGGCACAUCAGAACCACUUUAUCAUAAUUAUCAUAAUGAUUUUAUUAUGACUUUAUUCUCGUGAGUAAUUACUUUAUGGCAACUUUAUUCUUGUUAGUAAUAACUUUAUUCUCAUAAAUUAAUGACUUUUACUUCCCAUUCUUAUUUUUUUUCUUAAUGUGGCCCUAAUGCUCCGUCAUAAAAACUUAUACAAUCAUUAAUUUGGAAAAUUUUGAAUGGCUGUGUUUUUAAGGGAAAAAGGCAGAAAACCAAAAGGUUCAGAGGCUAACUUGGCCAUGGUAAACAACUGACUGUCUGGCAGUAGCAUCCAAUUUUUAAUAAAGGUCGUAAACUCGUGUUUUAACGCUCUAAAGAUUCUUAUUUUGGUCAAAGGCUUGCUUCCACUUUUGAAGUCAGCCUCAAGUGGACAUUAGAGGAACUGCAGUUUCUUGUGCUACAAAUUUCAUUUUGCAACAGCUGCUGUUUACUUAGAAGUUUCUUUACCAGGAUUAAAUCAACAUAAAUUUAAAGGAUUUGACCAAAAUAAGCUAAAACUCUCCAUGGUUAAUCUGACACCACUAUAACAGCCACACUCUUACAUUUACUGUGAGAUUCCCAGGGUGACUGAGUGCAGCACAGAUGUGUACAGAGCAAACAGACUGUUUUUGGAUUCAGGUUUCUAAGUUUAACCUCAGCCUUACAUCCUUUCCCCUCCCUCUUAAGCCCUAUCAGUCAGCAGAGGUGUUGGAGGAAAGGAUGGGUGAAAUAUAGCUCGGGGUCUGACGUUUGGGGGGCAGGGCUGUGGCUCUGUUACUGCUGGGACGUGUUGAGAAUGACGGGGUGGUUGUUGUGUUCUGGACAAUGUGUCGGGCCUAGAAAUAUAACGGCAAGAGGGAUGGGGUGGGAGUAUGAUGCAUGCUGCUGUGUGGGUGGGGGGUCCAGUAUUAAAGGCAGGGGGCUGAGAUAGACAGCUAGCUAUUUAGAAACAGAGAGUCACACCGUGUAGAGAGGAGAACUUUCAGGAUGCCCGAGCCGACCAAAAAAGCAGGUAAGUGUGCUAAUUCAACUUCUCCAUGACAUUUCUGUUAAACUUGAAGAUAUAUAAUGACAUUACAAAAUAUUAUCUUCAAACAUUCUCAGCAAAGAAAUCCAUUAAAAAGUCUUGAGUAUAUAUGACCUGUUGAUUCAACUACAAUCACAUCUUCGAAGACACUAAGACACAUGAUUUGACAGAAAGAGUGAGAAAUUAUUUCACAGUGUUCGGCCACACCCCUUUAAUACAACACCAAACCACAACCAAAUCCCUCACCUGUGUUGGUACAAUUUUUUGAUGAUGAAAACCUUCAUCACAGGAAAGUUAUUUUCAAUCAUGUUCUGUCUUUGAGUCAGAUUUCUUAGACAUCUUUAAGUUGUAACUCUGGUCAUUUUUUACUGCUUAAGUCAUGUCAAAUAAACGAUAAAUCUACAUUUACAAUUGAGCAGACAAAGUGCCUGCUGAUGAACUCCAUCCUUGUAGUAUUACUGCUAAAUUAAGUGCACUUAAAUGCUGUUUAAAGAUCCUGUGGGGAGUUUUUGAUGGGCUAUGAAACAUGCCAAAAUGAGCAGUGAUGUAUCUCUCUGUUGUAAUUAUAAUAAUAUUUUAUAAUAAGAAGAAUUUUUGUCACCACUUUGUCUACAGGGGGCGCCAAAAUCAACUCACAGUAAAUUUCCUAACAGGAGCUUUAAAGAACACAGUAUUUUUUUUUAGUGAUGGAUGUUAGAAGAUUAAAAAUAUGCACAGACAUUGAUUUUUUAUGCUAGAAGAGUUGUUUUUUUUAAAGAACAAAAUUUAUCAAUGGUGCAAAAAAGUCCCCUUUAUUGAUCCCAUAUGAGUAUAUAUAUGGUCACAGUAUCAGCGGGACAGAAUAGAAACAUUGAUAAAAAUAAUGUAAUGCUAGUCGAGACUUUUAAUAGUAUAACAAAAGCCAAAUUUCAAAUGAAACAAGCAACAGCAAAAAAAGUAUGUAUACCAUUCUCUACAAUAAAUGCAGUUUAACAAUCAGUGAUUUUCUUUUAUUCUACACCUCAAUUAUAUUCUCUCGUUUGUUUGAACUACACUGACUCAACCUGUGACGAGGAUCACGGUAUGUUACAUGUGAUUAUCCCCGUUUAAGCUCCAGUGGCGUGAUAGUUACCAUAAGGUCUUUUGGUCUUCUCAGGAAGUCAGAUACUUGUCAUAUGACCCAUGUGGAAACAUUGUCUGAUGUGAAAUAGACACUGUCACAUUUCCAGCGGCGUUGCAUUCACAAAAUACACCACUGAUCCCGUAAUGCCAGACUGGAUUCCAGCUUGACAAAUGACUUUCCAGUUUUUUUUUCUUCUCUUUGGUCUGAAUGGAUUGUUGCGUGUGCGGUCUAAAGCCCAACAUAUCAAAUGUCAAGUGACAUAGUGCAGCGUGUGUGGGCCAACAGUUUUAGUGUCUGGGAUUUGUUCAGGACUUUGACAGUUAUGAUCAUCUUGAGCCUGUGGUAUUAUUAUCAAUUAUGAGAAACACCCUGCAAUCAACAGGAUGUUUGUCAGAGUCUCAAAGUAUUACAGCAACUACCGAUAAUAACUAUCAAAAUGUGACAGAAAUGUGAGACAACAAGGAAUGGAUGAAGUUGCAGAGUUAUCACCUGAAUUUGUAGCUUCCCUUUCCCCUCCAGCAUUUUGACUAGACGUUCAGUCCAUAAAUUUACUGUUUUGUUUCAGUUUAAACAGCAGCAAAAACUUCAAUUUUCAGGGCAGAGCUUUAAAAAUCCAAUCAAAUAGACACAGACACAGCUAGUUGGUGAAUAAAACGGAGUAUUUAGCUGAGCAAACGGAAAUUUGGUUUGAGACACACGCUCAGAAAAUAGAUCAAACUCAUGAUUUAAUGGAUUAUUAAUAAACCCAAUGGUGCAGUUAUGAGCAAGUGUUUGUUAACAUCACACAAACAAAUCAAAAGGAGAAAUGUUUGAAGCUCCUGUGAGGAUAGUGUUGCUUGAUUAUGGCAAGAAUUAUAAUCCUUAUUAUUAAUUAUUUUGACUGAUAUUGACAUCAUGAUUAUUAAAAGCCAUGAACCAUGAUUUCAAACCAGCAUCACACAAACUUAAGCAACUUAAAACCUCUUUAGAACUCAAAACUUUUAGUCCUUUAAAAAAUAGUCUCUCAGUCGGCCACUUGUUAGGGUGUGCUCCUCUCCCUGCUCUCCCCACUCUAACUUACUGUGGUGGCCUGAUAGUUUAUACUGCUGGUGCGCAACAUGUUUAAGAUACAUCGGUACACUAUUGAUUUUAGUUGGAGUCACAACUUCCUCGUGUUCCAAACCUUGUUGCCUGAGAGCUGUUUGAGGGGAAGAGGCCGUGCCAAGGAAAAGGAGGAUGCACUUCAUUCAACAUGUAGGAUGUGACAAGCAGCAGGUGGCUCAAUAUUGGUCCGUCUCACUUAUCAUAUUUCUAUGAUAUCCCAAUUGAAAUUGUUAUCUUUUAAAUCACCAAGCACUGUGUGAAGAGUUGGAAAUUUUUUAUGAUUGAAAUUAAUACCGAGGCCUGGAAUUUUUUUAACCCCUUAAAGACUCACUCAUAAAAAAAACAAGAAAAACAUGAUUUUCAUCUAUGUUCAUAUGGCAUUUUUCUGAUGCUACAGGACAUAUCAUGAGAAAACUGAAUGCAAAAUUGCAUUUCUGAGUAGUUCCUCAUUCAAAUCGCUGUGCAUCUCUGGCAGACCAAAACGGUAGGUUUAGAAACAGUGAGAUUUCAUAUGUAACAACUCUAAGCUCCGCCCCCAGAGCCCCGCUAGGCAGGCCGCACUCUGCAUAUAGAGGAGAAAUACAGAGGACGAUCGCGGAACAAGCGUGUACAUUAGCGGAUUGUAAUACUCAUAGGAAAGCUAAUUACGAUAUUAACUUUCAUCAUAACCCCAAAGACAUCAGUGUCGGAGAGCCAAAUAGCUUCUAUGUUACCUGCUACUUCUACUACAUCGUCAAUGUUAGGCUGCAAGCUAAUGUGAAGACGAGUGUGCAGAGCAGCGCUGUCUCCGAGCAAAUUGCUAAUGAUCUACGGGAGCUCUGCAGAAGAAAAACCCUCGAAAAUGACACAGGUAAUGUGAUUUUGUCUAAAAACUACAUAAUCACAAUUUAAAGACCACUGAGAACACUUUAAGAAGAAAAAAUAAACAAUCGGAGUAGGACUUUAACUGACACCUCAGGGUUGAUUUCCGACUUGCAAUGGCAUACAGCAGAAACAGCCUUAAUUGGCAUAAUCAUAAGUAAAAAUGUACAGCGAGUGAUACUUAGGCCAGAUAAAGUAAGAGAAAUUACCUUUCUUUCACAAAUCAGCAAAGAGUUAAGAGGUGCUGCUGUGUCCACAGGAGGCGCCAAAGUCUACACAAACCAAAAGUUCCUCACAGGACUUUUGAAUCAACACUGAAGACUUGUCCCUAAGAGGCAAACAAAUAAGAUAACACAGUUGUAAGACACAAUUGAAGUUUUAGUGAGCACGACACCACAGGACUGCGCUGCUGUUGUUGUUAUCGGUCAAAAAGUUAACACUACCCUUUGAAACAAGUAACCAACAAAAAAUAUCCAAACUCCAAAAAUCUGUAUAGUCAACUUUACAAGCAACUCAUGCAAAAACCCUCAUUUCUAUUUGUAUACAUACAAACAGGUUAAGAUAUUUCAAAUUUACUGCAAAUUUAUCUAAACGAACAGGUUAAAAUAUUUUAAAUUGACAGCGAUCACAGGGGCCCUCGUGUUUUGAUUGUUGUAUAAAGGUUUCAAGGUAAAGCAUGACUGAAUGUCAGCCAACGAUGCGUUAACGGUAGGGCUGUUUGCAGACAGACGGCGAGGACAUCAUUCUUCCUGUGCCUCCAGAGUCAUAAAAAUAGAGUCAAGUUAAUCCCUCAACUAUGAUACCUGCACUGCUUGUACAGCUGAAGCCUGCAAUGCUCAUUCAUUUGUGCAAUAUAUACGUGUCGUGUACUAUAUUUAAGUACAGAAGAUGAAGGCCGCCGCUCACACAUGGAGUUUUCAUGCUUUGUGCGGUUUGUGGUGCCGUGUUGAACUGUUUAGAAUUCAGAUCUGGAAAUAACAUGAGAAUUAUAUUUCACGAUUCAGAGCACCUGCUGUAAACACACGGCUGCUCUCAGGGUUUGCAGUUUCACUCGCUAUUUUACGGUCACUUUUAAAGGUGGCAAGUGUUGGAAACUUCACUUCUGUGUACUAUCCAAUUUUUGUUAGUAGGAAACAGCACAGCGGGAGACAACAGCCGCAGUUUUACACAAUGAGUGUCAAAUGUUUGUGGGGACUGUUUCUCAGACUGACCAUAUAGAUUCUCAGUAAGGCUUAUCCCCCCGUCCUACAAGAUCAGCUGACCUGCAGCCAUGAACUAGUAUUUUUGUGAUUAUAUACCCAGUGGUCAGUGCUUUUAGACUUUCUGUUAAGUGGGAAAUAUUUCUUGGUUUUAAAGGGAUAUUCCGGCGUAAAAUUAAGUUAGGGUCAAACACACUGUAACACCAAGUUAGACACCCCCUCGAGAGAUGAAUGUUGCCGACUGCUUGCUUCUCUAGUUAUACCAACUUUAGUAACGACCACAUGAUAGCAAUACACAAAUUAAUUUUAUGCCGGAAUAUCCCUUUAAGUCAGCCCAACCGAUGUGACGCAGACUGAACCCCGUACUUCUUGAAUAUGACCAACAUCAUUCAGACCUCCACUUCUCUCUCUCUUUUCUUGUAGUAUGAAUGUGUCAUUUCCUAUUAUCAUUCAUCCUUCUUUUUGACACCUCUCUCUGCAGAUUUUCUCUGUCAGUGUGAUGUUUUUUUUUCCUCUUUAUGACUUUUAUUUUUUUUAUGGCGAAAAAAAAGCACUAGAUUUGUUAACUUUUACAUAUUUUACUGUCAAAAAAUGAUCCGAUUACACCCUCACUGCAGAUCUGUUGACAAAGAAAAAACGCUUGAGACUUCAAAGGCUUUGCUUUAUGUUUUCAAGCCGCCUGUCCUCUUCAGUUUCAGCAUUCACAAAGAAACCAAAGACUCAGGAGGCAGAGGAGGGGUCCUCCGUGGUCUUUGAGGCAGUGACAGAGAAGCCUGAUGUUAAAGUGAAGUGGCAGUGCAACGCUAAGGACAUCACCAGCAGUGACAAAUGUGUGAUCACAGCCGACGGGAACAAGCACUCGCUCACCAUAAACGCCAUUACUAAGGAGGACGCGAAUGGCUAUGCGGUGAUUGCUGGGGGGUCAAAGGUCAAGUUUGAGCUGAAGGUUGUACCAAAGCCAGGUGAGAGUCUCUGAUACUGUGGCUGUGUGUAUGGAUUACUGACUUACAGAUGUGUGGAUGACACACACACGCACACACACACACACACACACACACACACUGAGAAAGUACCUGACUCUGUGUCCAAACUUCACAUGAACUCACUCUCUGCACCAUCUGACCAACAACAAAUUAUUUAUGGUCUGCAAUGAUAUUCUUAUAAGGGAAGGAUUUGACGUCAUAAACCUCUCACCUAGAGGGCACUCUGGGUACUGCACUGAAAAUAAAACACAACAAACAAGAAAAAGACCAAUCAAGCAGUUUCCAGUAGCGCCUCAGUAUUGCUGUUUUCAUAACGAGCUGUGUGCCAUCUUUUUAAAUGAUUGAGAUGGAAGGAAAAAUCUGUAUAUUUGCUGUUCCUGUAAAUUACUGCAUAACUAUCCCCUCACACUAUGACACUGAUCAAAACUCCAUAUGCACACUCAAGCUGCAGGUCUGAUGUUCGACACGAGUCGAGAAUCAAUUCCAGAUGCACCAGAAACUUGAACCACAAACCUGCUUACACCUUUCAGUCAUAAGCUGUAGAGUUUAUAAAUGGAUAUUGAAACAUUCAAAAAUAAAUAACUCAAAACCUUUCAUGGCUUCAGUCCACCUACAAAUUUCACCUGAGUCAUUUAUCCAAUGCUUGGUGUUCGUGACCCUUAAGGUCUUGAACACUAAGUCCAUUUUUUCUGGCAUGCUUUUGGAUCCCUAAUCCAAUAAAAAUCAUCACAGACAGAAACCUUGCACACUGAGUUGGAGGAGUUUAUUUCUCUAUUCAUUGUGAAUAUUUGCAGUAUGAAACGCAGUGAGUCAUCGAGCAGUGAGGACGAAUUUGUGGGUCUUUCACUCAUUGAAAAAAAAAAAAAGGAACACCCACUCCCCAAAUAGAAUAGUGAGCAAGGAGAGUUUCAUGGAGAAACGAGCAGUGAGGUGAUAUUUCAGGAUGGUAGUGAUCUAGCUUUACCACACAUGAAAGAAAACGACCAAUUUCUGAAAAGGAAUUGAUGUUGGAUAGCAGCUAACAGUAUGUUUGAGACAGGGACACACUCAAAUGUGCUGUUGGAAAAGAUAUGUGGAUAUGCAGAAAGGAUCAUGGUCACUGUUUGUCCAUAUUAUCUCAUUUUAAAAACCACCACAAGACAAUUCAGCACUAGAUGAAUCUGAAAACUGCAGAAAAUCAAACCGGUACAGAAAAAAAUCAAGAUGGCCAAAAGUUUUGUGAAACAUGUAUAUAUGUAUUCUCCAAAUAUCUUGGUGCUAACUGUGUCACAGAACAUUGGUGCCAUUAGUCUGUCAGUGUGACCCGCUGAGGUGGUUUGUUUGGAUUUGAUAAGGUGGAAACAAAUCAGGAAGAAAGGAAGCAGACUAAUGGGCCCUGUGCGCUACAAGAGACUGUCUGUGGCUCAUAUCAUAGCCACCAUUACCCUGUCUGUACGCCGACCUUGACCCUCACUCCAGCACAUUAUUUCCUCAUGAGUAACCACCACUUGACGGGCGCUCAGGAUAGGCACGAGAGGCAGCUGAUAACACAUGGAAAACCAGCCCGCCUCCCUGAACGAUAAGGCAUAUGAAAUAUUUGGGUGAUAAAUGUUUGCCAAAGGAUAAUUCACUCUGUCAGAGUAUCAGUAAUUGUCAGCAGAUUGAAUAUAAUAGUGGUACAUUGAACCCAGUGCCAAUUUUAACAAGAAAAUGUAAUUUAGUUUAAAGCUCCUGUGAGGAAUUUUUAGUUUGUGGAAAAUAAACGUCUUUGUUUAUUGACUGAUUGAUUUACAAAAGUGAGUUUUAACAGUCGUAUCAUUCAUUAAGAAUAUUUUGAACAGUUUCUACAGCUGCAGGGCUUAGACCCACCCCUAACAUGGCUUUCAGACAACAAAACUAAGGAUUCUUAAUUCUUCAGUCUCAUUAAUUUGAGCUUUUUUUUUUGCUUCUGUUUAUCAUUAAAAAACAUCACCAUAGAUUACAGUCAGAUUUAUGAAUGUUAAAAACUCCCCACAGGAGCUUUAAGUCAUGGUUACUUUCAGAAACUGCAGUCAAUUAUAGCAGACUUCUGUUGUUCUAGUCAGUGUUUUAUUUUAGUCUAAUUUUUCUCCUGAAUUACAGUGUAAUGAAAGAAGUACCUUUCUGUAUUUGUACUGUAGAGCUCAACUCCGAGCUCUUGAUACUUAUUUCUGUCAAUGUUUGCUGAUUGACUCAGGGUGUACAUGAGUCAGGACGGUACUUCGGCUUUAGGUUAAAAAUCCUAGCGAAUCCUAGCAUGGUACGCUAAUCACCAACAGCUAUUAUGUGGAGUUCUGCUACCUUGUCAAUUGCUGCGUUUACAUGGGCACAAAUAAUCAGAAUAAAUGUCCGAUCGGAAUAAAAAAUGUGUCACGUGAACAUGUCGAUCGAAAGAUUUUGAUCCAAUUCGGCUUAAUCGGAAAGAAAUUGUAUUCCGAUCAAGUGGGGUGGUCUAUGCCGAUCGUUGUUCUGAAAUCCGUCCAUGUAAACACUUAUUCCGAUCAUGACUCUCUUACCUGACUCGACCUUCACUCUUUAUUUAUUGAGGUCAGUACAGAAGGUUUCAUUAUUAACACUCUGUCAUAAAACACAAGCGCAGGUGCCGUGUCCUCCGCUAACAUAACAAGGUGUACAUACAGUGUAAUGAUGUCAUAUCUGCACACACAGUGCAACCUUUGACAAAACAGUAAAAUAAGUACACAAGGGCGCCAUCUAGUGCCAACAUUAAACAGUUUAAAUAACAGUCAUUUAAUACUGUCACAUUUGUUGGUUUGUUGACAGCACAGGCGUAAAUACAACUCUUUUUCUGCGGUUGUUUUAGCGAGGUUAGACAUAUAAACAGUGGAUUCAGAUGAUCCAAUCCCUCAAAUUUUCUAUCGGAUUAAGAAAUUUUGCACAUGUAAACAUGGCUAAUGAACACUACUAUAGUGCAAACCAGAGGAGACUUAAUUACACAGAGAAAUCUGAGUUUAGUAAAGACUAUAUCAAAAGAGUUACUGGGUAUUACUGUCAGCUGAUCUUCAUACAGAACUGUUAUUUACCUGGGCAGACACUGGGAGGUGCUUCAUUUGGUGUCCUCCUUAAUCCAUCAGGUUUUUUCCUUCCCUCUUUUACACUCAGUUUUAUUUGUAUAAAAUAUGUCCACAGGUUUGUUUCUUUACUUCGGUUCAUAACACGGCACUAUUUUUGGGAGUUAUGAUGGGCUUUAAAUCAGAAUUCUCGUUCCCAUGUGGCUCAUCUCUAUAUAAGCAUGAACAGUCAGUGUGUCGACAAAAACUUAUCGCCACUAUGACCGGCGGUUGAAUCCACUGCAACUGAUUAAACCUCAUACAUUGGACUCACUAUAUCUCUUGUGUUGCUCACAUUGAAGCCCCAGUUGAGGCCCCUGCAAACGGAACUGGGGAGUCCAGCGCAGGACCAGAGCAAGCCCCCUCUGAGACACCUGCGGCAGCACCCACAGAGGACCAGACCCCCUCUGAGACACCUGCAGCAGCGCCCUCUGAGGACCAGACCCCCUCUGAGACACCUGCAGCAGCACCCACAGAGGACCAGACUCCCUCUGAGACACCUGCAGUAGAACCCGCAGCGGACCAGACCCCCUCUGAGACACCUGUAGUAGCUCCCACAGAGGGCGAGACCCCCUCCGAGACACCUGCAGCAGCACCCACUGAGGGCCAGACCGCCACCCCGGCGCCUGAUGCUCCCCCAGCUGAGGGUGAGUCAUUCAGCCGCUGUUUCCUUUCAACAAGCUUGUUCCUUAAUAAAGACUUCACAGUUUUAGCUCCAGGGUGAUUUUUACUCUGACGUCUUUAACGCUUAGUUUAACACUUGUGCUCUGUUAAUUUUCAGAGGUUCAUCCAGACACCAGACAGGAUCUGACUGGACUCUUCACAGAGAAACCUCAGAGCGGAGAGGUCACUGUUGGUGAGAAUUUUCAAAGUGCAGCUUAUAAGACAAUUUACAUGAAGUCACAAGGUUGUUGAAGUUUGACACAUUUGCGUGUUGAAACUUCCCAUUGACAGCAGUGUAUAAUGCUGCUGUGAAUACUUUUAGUAUUUGUGAGGUUUGAUUGAAGUCUGACUUUUAUUCUAUAUAAAAAGAAUAAAAAGGAAAACAAUGGAAAAUCAUAGAUAUUGACAUCUGAGUGCUAUAACUGAGGCUUUUAUUUUGAAAACAACCAUUUGCACAUAUUUUUCCCAUUUUCUGGGCAAGGGUUAGCACAAUAUCAGAUUUUCACCUCAUUGUUAUUGUGGCCAUGAAAAAAAUUCCAUUGACUGUAUUAUUGCAAUAUCUUUAGAAAACCUAAAAACAACACAAUCCAUCAACAUACUUACUUACAAACUUACAUAUCGUCUAUUUUAAUUGUGUUCAGAUUUAUAAUGUAUUCACAUCUCCACACCUAUGUCCAAAGCUUCUGUGGAGAAGUCAUUGCCUCACAAAACUGUUGUCAUAUAUUUUCAGUCUGAUUUCCGGUGUGCAAAACUAAGCAUUUAUUUUGGAGUUUAAGUAACCUCUGAUAAGUUACAGAGCUGAAUGAAAACAUGCUUAUCAUGUAAGCAUGAUAAACUCUUCUGUAUGCAGGUGAAAACAUCACAUUCGUGGCCAAAGUUAAUGCUGAAUCACUGCUGAAGAAACCCACCAUCAAAUGGUUCAAAGGGAAGUGGAUGGACCUCGCCAGCAAGUCUGGAAAACACCUGCAGCUUAAGGAGACGUAUGACCGCAACAGCAAGGUGAACAAAUUUAUACAACAGGAACAUCUGCAUAAUAAAAUAUCUCCAUGUUUUGGUGCCUUUGAACUUAUUUUUGUGAUUUACUUCUUAAUUCAUAAUCAACUUGAAAAACUAUGCAUGUUUUUUCAGAGUUGAAAAGCUACAAAAUGUAAGUUUUCCUUUGAGGCAACAAACGGAUUAUGCAAAUGUCGACUUUCUCACCCUUGGUUUUGCAAGUUCUUGCCUAAGUCGCAUAUCCUGAUAACACGAUAAACCACAGACACGAAAACUUGUAGGUGAGAUUACACAGAGACUAAAAGACAUGAACCCUGUAAUUUCCAUCUCAAACUCCCAGAACAAAGCCACAAUCACAAAGCCAGCAAAAUAAUAGAAUACAAAAAAUAUAUGAACACAAUAUCAGAUCGAUAUUUAGCAUGUUGCACCUCUUACCAUGAAAUUCCUUGUGCGUGUGAUUACAGGUGUAUACAUUUGAGAUGCAGAUCAUCGCGGCCAAGCCUAAUUUCGCUGGAGCUUACAGAUGUGAGGUUUCAUCCAGGGACAAGUUUGACAGCUGUAACUUUGAGUUGGCUGUACAUGGUGAGAUUUUAAAGACAUUUAUGAAACGCUGGUUGGUAAAUGUCUUUUUUUUUUUUGGUCAUGAUUAUUUCAACCAUAUGAACGAGUCUCUCGUGUUUAAAUUAUACGAUACUCUGCUGUGCAUUUCAGAGGCUCGUGCUCCUGAAGGUUUUGACAUACGAACAGCUUUCAGGCGCACGUAAGUUUAACAAUUCCUGUUAUUUAAUUUUCUUUCAUACUGUGAAAUUUUCAUUAAUUGUUCGACAGCAGGUUCCCUGAUUCAUUUUUUUAGUCCUCCAAUUUGAAAAGUCAACCUGUAUCUUUUUUUCCUUACAGGUUUCAACCAAAAUUUUCAUCCCGUACACUAAAAUCUAUAAUUUUUAAAUACAGCUCAUAGUGUUGGUUAAAGGGAUAUUCUGGCGUAAAAUUAAUUUAGGGGCAAACACACCGUAACACAGAGUUAGACACCCCCUCGAGAGAUGAACACCGCCGACUGCUUGCUCCUCUAGAUAUACCAACUUUAGUAACGACAGCAGAUAGCAAUACACAGCGGUCUGAGGAGCCAUAAACAAACCUCAACCAAAACACCACUCUAUAGUCACAAAUAAUGCUCAGAACAGCACCUAACUUCAUCAACAGGACAUACAGGAACAUUUAUUAUAAUUUCUUUAUCAUUUCCUUGAAGUAAUAAUCACCAUAUCAAUCAUUUUACACUGCAGACACAGUAGUUAUUCUGCCUUAGCGUCUCGGUCUGAUUACAUUUCCAUGAAGAAAUGAUCAUAAAUGUUCUUCCUUGAGCUGUGUCACCCCGCAGAAGUCCGUAAUGGACUGGCCUGGGGUCUUGCUAUAAACAAGCGGCUGCUGGAAAAGAGUAGGUGAGUUGUGUUUGGUCUCUUUGCUAAAGAAAUCAGGCAAAGUUUAAAAGUUAGGUGCUGUUCUGAGCAUUAUUUGUGGAUAUACAGUGGCGUCUUGGUUGAGGUUUGUUUAUGGCUCCUCAGACUGUAACUAAAGUUACUAAAGUUGGUAUAUCUAGAGAAGCGAGCAGUCGGCAACAUUCAUCUCUCAAUUGGGUGUCUAACUCGGUGUUACGGUGUGUUUGACCCUAAAUUAAUUUUAGGCCAGAAUAUCCCUUUAAUCCUCUCAGCAGAAUGCUUUAUCGCUCAUUUUAGCUGUUGAUAAAAGGUAUCCAGUUAUUAUUAAUGGCAUUCCAGGUGCUUUUGCUUUAAAUAUCUUAAAUCAAAGACACCACACAAAAGCACUGAUCAAUAUCAAAAGGUCCACUGCCAUGACUGUUGAAUAGAUUUCAACCAAAACAGGAGGAUUUUUUAAAAUAUACUAUCAGGUGCAUGUUGAUUUGCAUUGUGUUUGUUUUUGGUCUUUGUUAUCUGGUUUAAGUCAUAAAAACCUCUGAAGACUACUUCUGGACUGAAAAUGUACGUAUGGUUGAGAAUGAGUAGUUCAGUAGCAAAUAAUAUCAGAAUUAGUACGAAAUAUUGACAUAGUUACAUAUCACUGCUUGGUAAUUUUGAGUGGAAAGUUAUUGGUUUAUGUCACAUUUAACUGUGGAAAUGCUGACCUAUUAGGAGUGAAGGCGGUAAGAAGAAGGGUGGACCACAAUCAAGGUAGUAAUGGGGUUUGUUGCAACAAUGGAGGCUCAAAUUCAAACUCUGAGGAUUUCUGGUUAUUAAUUAACAAAGAAACCAGGACCAGAUCAGAGACUCUUUAUCUCUGUGUGGACUGUUUUUCUCUGACUUCACAACAAACAGAAUCAGGGUUUUGGAUGUGUAGCCUCCAGUCUGCUGAAUUUUGAACCAAUGACAACAGAAGAUCAGAGGAGAGCUGAAAGGAACCAAAUUUAAAACCGCCGAAGAAGUCGCUAACGCCGGUAGCUAUCAUUGUGUUAACCUUUGACCCAGGUAGAGCUUGGGAUGUUGAGAUUAGUUAAACCGUUAAAGCAUGAUGUGCCAGUUGCAGCCCUCAGCUCCCUCUGAUCUCCUCCUGGGUCUGAAUCAAAACAGCAGAGCCAGCUGCACAAACAGCUCCCCAGCAGAGUGAGCUUUGACGGUGGUUUGAUCGCAUUGAAAGUGCAGGAUGUGCUAAGACACACAGGCUUUUCGGUUGUCAAGCUCUUCCACACGGUUGCUACACAGAGGAAGCACAGCUUUGGUGUGUUGUAACUUCACCACAUAAACCAGACACUCGGCUUCUAAUCCUGCAGUUGGAUCAGAGACAGGAGGCAAGCACACAGUCAAACCUCUGCUCUCGUCUUUGUCUUUCAUCCCGCUGAUUAGAUACGAGCAGACCCUCUGGUGAAUGAUGUUUCCUCUAACCUUUAGUGUUUUGUGUUCUUGCUUGGAUGUCUGCUGCUGCUCAUGGCUUAAAGGAAAAGUUUAUCACUUUCAGAGAAAUACAGAUAUAUACCUUCUUUCAAAGACUAAAACGGGGAGAUUGAGGUCACUCUUGGCUUGGCAUAGCGGGACUGGUCGCAGCAUCUCUAACGUGAGGCUAAUAUAAUACAAUACGAUGCGACGUGUGUGUGUUGUCUGUCUGUUUCAUCUUAACAGAACAGUACACUUUAAAAUAUCAAGCUCACAGCAUUAUGGAUACAAAAGAUUUAUGAGAACUAAGGACUCAAAAGUUUGCACUGACAGUGCAACAAGAAACAUGAAGAGGGCUGGUGCCUAUAAGCUUCUAGGUUAUGUUCAUGUACGCCAGCUAACAGUACACCAUUUAGUUUGUAAUAAUUUCUUCAUGUCUUGUUAAACGAUCGAAGGUGCUUAGAAAAAUUAUGUUAAAAUUUAGAUUAAAGGCUAAGUCAGUAGUUUUUUUUAAUUAAAGUUGCAGUAUUUCUGGUUGUUCACAAUGAUUUUAGUCCAAAGUGGUAAAAAAAAAAAAAAAAGCCUCUGUGGUACAAUGUUGUGCCUAGGGGUGUACCAAUACAAUAUUGAUAUCGGAUAUCAGUCAGAUAUCAACAAAAAAAUCAAAUAUCAGAUUAUAUCGGCCUGCAUCCAAAAUCUCAGAUAUCGGCACUCUGAUACAAGCAGUCCAUUCCAGACUCCGCUCCGGCACCUCUAUUUAGCAGCGCUCUGAUCCAGCAUGUAGAGUCCAUGUGAUCACAACAACAGUGUGUACUAAGGUACAAACAAAGUACCAAGGAGUCGGAGUGAUGUCGGCCUUGUGGCAGUAUUUUUCAUUAAAGUCCAAAAAAGACGUUGCAGCUGAGUGCAAAACUUGUCAUGCGUAAGUUUGUGCUAACAUUGGAUCAAUAUCAGUAUCGAACAAUACUGAGGGCUAUAAUAUUGGUAUCAUAUCGGAGGUAAAAAAGUUGUAUCAGGACACCUCUGGUUGUGCCAACUCGGCCCUUUAGUUUGCCAUAACUCGUGGUUGAACAGCCACUUUUCCUCAACAGACUUUUGUUUUUUGUACCAAAUAAAAAAGUGAUGUGAUGUUAGGAGGAGGUUUAACUAACAUCUCAUAUCAGCCUGGCUUCGCAAAUCUUUUAAAUCUUAUGAGACUAGCCUUUUUUAACCUGCUUCCUGUGUCAUGCUAAGCUAACAGUUCAGAUCCAUUCGUAGAAUAUAGAAUUAGCUGUACUGAUAAAUCCGUCUGUUUCUCAGAAACUGAUCUGUUCCUGUAAACAUGGCAACACCUGUCUCUCCAAAGAAACAUCUGUCUGUAAAUUCACAUCUGUUAUCUGUCAAAUUCACUGAUUCCCCUCAGUUUUCCAGUGUGACUCUAUCCUCCUUCUCUUUUUAAUCCAAACUAACUGAAACUGUGUUACGCAGCAGUACCCUGUCGUAUCAUUACAUUCAGGCACAUUGGAGCAAUAUUAAAAUUUUAGCAAGUUCUUAAAACAUUCAUGUGUUUUAUUGAAAACCAGAAACGCCUGUGAAGUUCUUACACAUCUUUUUUUAUGGAGGAAGUGAAGUAUCCCACUGUGAUGUGAUGAUGUUUUGCUGCUGGUUGCUGAUGUUUCUGCAGUAGCACAGACGGAAAAGAAGACUCAGGAGAGCUUGACUUUAGCACCUUGUUGAAAAAGAGGUAAGGAUUCACAAACAUUUACAACAAUUUAAGGCCUUCAAGGAAUAGCGUCCAAACCUUGGUGAUCUAACUGUGUCUCACUCUUGUUUUUCUGGACCGCCCCGUGUCUUCAGAGAGUAAGUUAUCACUGCGUUGAAAAACUAACAUUGGAAUAAUCAAUCUAUAACCUUUAGACAUUAUGCAUGAACUUAUCUUAGUUUUGUGGUUGUACUGUAGUUGUUUCAUAGACUCCCCAAACUAAUGCUGACAGUUGCAAAGGUUGACAGUAAUUCAUCAAUGUUGAUCACGUACACUGCAGGUUUUCAUCUCAAAUUUUUUUUUUACUCACAAAUCAGAAUAAGAGCAAGACUCUCAACCAUUAAUUCACCUCAUAGUCUGUCUUUCUUAGACUUUCUCAAAAACACAGGUCACACUCUUAGCAUGUCUAAAAUCUCCUUUGACGCUCACUGGACAAUUGCAAACACGAGCAAAGAAUGCUGUUGGCCUGAUUUUCACUGGUUUGCCUGCACUCCCGUCUAAUUUUUUUUGAUAAUAUUGAAUUAUUUUUAUGUACAUUUCUAAUCUACUGUUUGUUUUGCUGUUGAAUUGUUGUGCUUUAACUUUCCUGGUUUGUUUUGCCUCUUGGGUUCUUCCUCUGAUUGAGCAGCAGUUUCUUAAAAAAUCGGUAAGAAGCUGCUGAACUUACUGUGUUAGUGUCAAAAACUUUGUAUGCAUGCUCGUCUCUUGUGAUUAAAUUAUGGUUGGAUUCUGCACUUAUCUCUUAAUAAUUAAUCAAUGUUUUAAUAAGACAGAAAAAUCACUGUUAACUUAUCUAGAUCAAACGUGUUCACUCAGAGUACUAUUGACAAGGUGCAAGGCAGAUAUUUUUUUAGAUUUUAGUCUUUUACGUUGUUUUGAUGGUGAAACAGGUGGUUCAAUAAAUAAUACUUAUUUAAAGAAGUUAAUUAUUACUCAUCUGGGUUUCUACUCAGUUCUAUUAUCAUAACAAGCACAAAUUAGACAGAAGUAGCAGGGGAAAUACAACUGUGUUUCAACCAUAGACUGUAUAUAGAAUGGACGCCAUCUGCCUCCUCGCUUGGUGAAGCCACCGUGAGAACAGCACCCUCUGGUGACGGGCUGCAGUAUAGGUCAUAAAUCCCGCCUCCUCCAGCCAUCCUUGUUGUAGUUGUGGACAAACUUUAGAAAUUUAUUAAACAGAACAUAAAAUUGUCUCCCCCCUGGUUGCGAUGUUGACAUGUAGUUACUGUCAGAUUGGUUUGUGAUAAAGUCCUCUUUUUUCUGUACAGCCCUGUUUUUAAGUUAUUAGGGGGUUCACGUUUUCUAUGAUUGACACUUGAUACAGCCUAUGGGCGUACAAAGGUUGCGUGACUCACCCGGGGGAUACUCUCCCGCCAAAUGCAUACAACGGUACUGCGCAAGUAGUGGAGAGCGUACAAUGCUACUGUUGAAUGUUGGUUUCAGGAAGUGGAGAAAAAACCCGUGAAUACUGAGAGCUUUUGGCAGAAGGCGGAACCAGGUUGUCCAUAGUAUAUACAGUCUAUGGUUUCAACCAGGGUUACCAGAUGUUCAAUAAUUAUUGAAUUUGUAUGGUAAUUUUUCCCUCUGUACGAUCAAUAACCCAAAAAACAUGCUAGAUGUACGAUAAUUUGACAGUUUCGUGAACGUGCAGUGCAACGGGACUGUCUCAGUUUGCCACACUUUAUAUUUUAGUGUUUUAUUUGCGAACCCUAAAGGCAUCUUUUACCAUGUGAUGUUCCCAUCCAAUCAUAGUUUGAGUGACAUUUGUCUCCGAAUAACGAACAUGAUUGGCUGCCAAUCAUGCUCAGUUGGGAAGUCUGAUCAUACGCUGCUGAUGUGGGGUGGGGGGGUGAAUGACCACAAAACUGUAGCCUCAAAAUUGUGAGGACACUAAACAGAGUGACUCUAUGCGACUAUCAUGCAACAGUAAGAUUGUUAUUUUGAUCAUGACGGGUGUACUAUAAUUUUCCCCAAAAUACGAUAAUUUUGAGCCUCUGGUUCGAUAAAUAUGUCCCAUCUGGCAACACUUGUUUCAAUUUUAAGUGUUCUGACUCUGACACUAGCAUUGUAAGCACCAUAAAUAAACAAAAAUAUAAACAGGUUACAGAUACAAGAAACUAUAAAUGAAACUGGGAGGAUGUCAUUCAACAGUAAAUUAAGCAACUUUAUGACCUUUUAGAACACAGUGAAAAUAGAUGGAAGAGCUAUAAAUGCACCAAAGUUCUGAUCCGAAUUAAAAUCCUACUGACUUUAUUUCAAAGACUAUUGAUUAAUGAAAAAAAGUCACUAACUCUGUUGUAACUACUUCACUUUAAAUUAUGUAUUCAUCACGUUAAGUGCAAAUUCUGUGACUAGUAUUAACAUGUUCCUCUGGUUGGUGUUUCCCAGGACUGUGCAGGUGUCCGCAGAGCCUGAUGUGGACGUGUGGGACAUUCUCAGCAAAGCUCCUUCCUCAGAAUUUGAGAAGAUUGCCUUUCAGUAUGGCAUCACUGACCUGAGGGGUAUGCUAAAGAGACUGAAGAAGAUGAAGAAAGAGGAGAAGAAGAGUGAAGGUUGUGGAGGCCUUUACUACAAACUGCACUUCAUCCAAUGCAGGAAAAAGUUGAACAUGAAUGUGAAUGUAACUGACUUCUUCCCCCCUGUUUCCACUAGCUUUCCUUAAAAAGUUGGACCCUGCUUACCAAGUGACAAAGGGACAGAAAAUAAAACUGGCCAUUGAGGUUGCCGAUCCAGACGUGGAGGUGAAAUGGCUGAAGAACGGACAAGAAAUUCAACCAACUGGAAGGUUAUUAAAUGUGCUAAACCUGAACAUUAUGAACUUUUCUACAGAUUUAGUCACUGAUUAUGUUCUUGUGUUUGGCUCACUCUGUCUCUCUUCCAUCUGUCUGCUCCAUUGAUAUACCGAUGAAACUCCUCAUUCUUUCAUUACAUCUUCAGCAAGUAAGUGUCCAAGAGCUAAAAGAUAGCUGACAUCCAUGAAUUCUUGAGCUUUUCCCGCAUGUUUUGCAGUUUUUCAGCCUUUUUAUGAGAUGUAUAUGAAUAAGUGUGUUUAACUCCUUCUGGUCUUGGUUUAGGUAUAUCUUUGAGAGUGUGGGAAACAUGCGUUACCUCACCAUCAACCACUGCUCCCUGUCAGACGAUGCAGCUUACAGCUGUGUGGUGGGAGAGGAGAAAUGCACCACUGAGCUCUUUGUUAAAGGUAUGCAUGGUUUAUUGAAAAUCAACAACAUAAACAUCAGAUUAGGUUGAAGAACUGAGAGUUGCAGCUCUUACUCUCUUGUUGUUAUCUUUAUUUUGCAGAGCCUCCUGUGCAGAUUGUCAAGAAUCUGGAGGAUCAGAUGGUGAUGAAGGGGGAGCGGGUGGAGCUGGUGUGUGAAGUCUCAGAGGAAGGGGCCAACGUCAAAUGGUUAGUUAUGAUUCUUGACCUUCACAAAACGUUAUUCUGCGAGUAAACACUGUCAUUAUGAUAUACACUCACCGGCCGCUUUAUUCGCUACACCUGUUCAGUCGCUUCUUAACACAAAUCGCUAAUCAGCCAAUCACAUGGCAGCAUUUAGGCAUGUAGAUAUGGUCAAGACAACACGCUGAAGUUCAAACCGAGCAUCAGAAUGGGAAGAAAGAGGAUUUAAGAGACUUUGCAAAUGGUAUGGUUGUUAUUGCUGAUCUACUGAGAUUUUCACGCACAACCAUCUCUGUGGUUUACAGAAAAUGGUCUGGAAAAAAGGGGAAAUAUCCGGUGUGUGGCAGUUGAUGUUAGAGGUCAGAGAAGAAGGGUGGACUAGGGUGACCAUAUUCUGAAUCCCCAAAAAGAGGACAUGACUACGCAGGAGUGGAGUCACAGAGCCGUGCGCAGUUAAUUUUGAGAAAUUUCUUUCUUUUUUACGUGCUUCUAACUCAGUAAGUCCAUGCGACACAAACUCAAAACUUCCAUAAAAAACCCCGGACAUUUGAAGGAUUUUAUAAACUCCGCCAGACAAAGCCGGACAGCCCCCCAAAAAGAGGACAUGUCCAGGUAAAAGAGGACAUAUGAUCACCCUAGGGUAGACUGGUUCAAGAUGAUCGAAAGGCAACAGUGGGUUGGAUAACUCAUUACAACCAAAGUAUGCAGAAUAUCAUCUCUGCAUUCACAACGUGUACAACCUUGAAGCAGAUGGACUACAGCAGCAGAAGACCACACUGGUUGCCACUCCUCUCAGCUAAGAUCAGGAAACUGAGGUCACAAUUAGCACAGGGUUACCAAAAUCAGACAACAGCAGAUUGGAGAAACGUUGCCUGGUCUGAUGAGUCUGGAUUUCAGCUGCAACAUUCAGAUCGUAGGGUCAAAGUUUGGCAUCAACAAUAUGGAAGCAUGGAUCCAUCCUACCUUGUAUCGAUGAUUCAGGCUGAUGGUGGUUUGAUGGUGUGGGGGAUAUUUUCUUGACAUGCUUUAAGCCGCUUAGUACCAACUGAAAAUCAUUUUAACACCACGGUCUACUUUGGUCAUAUUCCUGACCAUGGAACAUAUCUUUGUGACUACAGUGUGCCCAUCUUCUAAUGGCUACUUCCUGCAGGAUAUCACAAAGCUCAAAUCAUCACAAAUCAUAGUUUCUUGAACAUGACAACAAGUUCACCGUACUCCAGUGGUCUCCAUUGUCACCAGAUCUCGAUCCAAUAGAGGACCUUUGGGAUAUGGUGGAACUGGAGAUUUGCAUUAUAGACAAAUCUGCAGCACCUGUGUGAUGCUGUCAUGUUAAUACGGACAAAAACCUCUGAGGGAUGUUUUUAAGACCUUGUUGAAAGCUUGACAUGAAGAAUCACGACAGCUCUUAAAGCAAAAGGGGGUGCAACCAUUUACUAGCAAGAUAUACCUAAUAAAGUGGCUGGUGAGUGUGCUGAAGUGAAAGCACUUGUAAGGAACUUUUGAUUUAUAUGGAUUUUAGCGCCCCCUGUGGACUGAGUGGUAAUUUGCUGAUUUUGUCUCGAGCGAGUGCAACGAACGAUUCAUGACAAUAAUUCAUUUGCCUCGGCACCAUACAUACAAAAAUUAAGGGGGAAGAAUUAUUACAGCACAGAGGUGAAUAUUCUGUUUGUUUUGGUCACCCUCAACCCCCUUCUUGACCUAACCUUGCUGCCACCAUCAGUUAAAGUCAGAGUCCUGGUCAAAGCAGCUGUAAAUCACUGAACAAGUAAACAAUCUAUCCGUCAGAAAAGUCACCAAGGAGAGCUGAGUUAGAGGACAUCAGAGGACAUAAAAGAAAAACACGUAUAAAACAUGACCAGGCCUCUGUAGAGUCAGUGUCAUGUUAUGAGGUGUUUGUCGAGUUAUUACUGAAGCUCAACCUCCAGCGACACUACCAUGAAGUUCAUGAACUUCACAGUUACGUCAGGUCUUGUGAGCAUGUCAGUGUAAAUUUGGCAUAUGACUUGCAGCGGCUAAUAUAGCCUCACGUAAUGCUUUCAUUUUAGUUACAGCCUGGAUUUGUCUUUACAUGUGGUAUAAAAUUAAGUUAGUUAAGAAGGACUUAGAAAUAUAUUAUCAAAAACAUAAACAUGCUGUGAAACUUCAAUGGGACUUGAAACUUUUUCUUCAUUCAAAGCCGAUUUUAUGUCCUCUCUCACACAGUGUUGAUUACUCACACACCCAGCAGAUGGCAUUUGAGUUUUUCAUGUGCACACAGACACACACACAGCUCUGCCUUCUGUCUCUGUGACACACUGAAGCUGUAAAUUAUCACCUCUGUGAAAAGGUCACAUCAACAUUUCACUAUGACCCCUGUGACCUUUUGUCUCGGGGGGGGGGGGAGUUGCUGCAAAUGCUGGUGCAAAAUAAAAUUCCUGAAAGGGAAGGCGAAAGAUCAAUAUGUUGGAUAAAAAGUCAAAUGAAUAAGAGAAAAAAGAUGAGCUCAAUAUGGCAGAAGUUAAGAGGAGUUCAGAAGCUAUGCAAUCGAUUUACGCUAUAAAUGAAAAGUCUCAUAAACUUCCCUUAUUUGAUGUCACUUUCUUAAAUCUUGAAAACUAUAUUUCUAUCAUGUGCAAGGACGUUUCAUAAAGUAAUAUGACAACAUCUUUUGCUUUAUUCAUAAUAACUGUUUUUCAGUCUGAUUAUAAUUCUUAACUGUUUGCCUUUAAUUCUGGUCACCAGGUGCAUUUUGGUUUACUUGUACAUACAACUUUUGGGACUUUUUAUGUAAUCCACAUACUCUUUUGCUACCGUACCCACAGAUUUGCUUUCAUUUUUUCUUUAUGAGCUUGUCUGGAAAAAAAACUGGAUGUAAAAUCCUUUAAGUUAAGAUUAACUUUAGGAUGUCAUAGAGGUAAAAGUGACAAAGCAACUUAAAUGCUUAUGAAACAGACAGAAACCUGAAUUUGUGCUUUCUUAUGACCCUUAGAAAAAAAAAAACUUUAGCAACCACAUGCAUAAUCCUUAAAGUAGUUAUUUUGGUAACUCUUUACGGUCAGGGUACAUGAAUUCAUAAUAAUUCAUGUACCCUUAAAGUGGCAUAGUUUCAUUUUAAGUAUUCAUUAGGGCCCGAGCGUAGCUGCUAAGCAGCUGCGAGAGCCCUCUUGUUCCUGAUGGAUUCUUCUUUAGGGCCCGAGCGUAGCUGCUAAGCAGCUGCGAGAGCCCUCUUGUUCCUGAUGGAUUCUUCUUUUGUUAUUAGGGCCCGAGCGUAGCUGCUAAGCAGCUGCGAGAGCCCUAUUAUUCCUGAUGGAUUCUUCUUUCUUCUUCUUCUUCUUCUUAUUAUUUUUCUGCCCCUUUGAACUGGAAAAUGGCCCACUUCCCACUGGUGAAAAGUCAUGAAAUUUGGCAGGACGACCGGGCCUGGUGAAAAAUUUGAUAUUCUGAAGUCGCCCAAAAAAUCAAAUGCAAAAUGGCUCCAUAGCGCCCCCUAAGGUGAAAAAUUCACAUGAUUGAGUGUCACGCCUGUAUGCUUUGUCAAAAUGACACAAAAUUUGACACACACGUGUAUCUCAAUAAGAUCUACAAAAAAGUCAGUGCGGGCGUAUCUGUCAAAUGUACGGUUAAAGGUUUAUUUCGCAUUUUUUGCCGAUCCACACACAUUGGAAUUUCGCUAACUCCUCCGAAGGUUUUCGUUCCACCGGCACCACAUUUGCUCAGGCCAAUCUACACCCCAUGGCCAAUAAAAGUUGUACAAAUCAUGACGCUGCACCCCACGGUUUACGUUCUAGGGGGCGCCAAACAUAACCCAAAAAUCCACAGUCUUAAAAGUCUUAUAACUUUUUAUUUUUGUCCUCACUGGCCUCCAAGUUCUCUAGGAUGAUGCAAUGUCCAGCCAUCAACACAUUUGUGAAGGAAUUUUUACUCGCCAAAAGAGCGCCCCCCCAUGGCAGGAGAAAAAUGUCCAUUUUUUCUUGUCUCCUAAGGCGAAAAUACACAUCGUUGACUGUCACGCCUUUACGCUUUGUCAAAAUGACACAAAAUUUGACACACACAUGUAUCUCAAUAAGAUCUACAAAAAAGUCAGUGCGGGCGUAUCUGUCAAAUGUACGGUUAAAGGGUUAUUUCGCAUUUUUUGCCGAUCCGCACACAUUGGAAUUUCGCUAACUCCUCCGAAGGCUUUCGUUCCAACGGCACCACAUUUGCUCAGGCCAAUCUACACCCCAUGGCCAUUAAAAGUUGUACAAAUCAUGACACUGCACCCCACGGUUUACGUUCUAGGGGCCGCCAAAGAUAACCCAAAAAUCCACUGUCUUAAAAGUCUUAUAACUUUUUAUUUUUGUCCUCACUGGCCUCCAAGUUCUCUAGGAUGAUGCAAUGUCCAGCCAUCAACACAUUUGUGAAGGAAUUUUUACUCGCCAAAAGAGCGCCCCCCCAUGGCAGGAGAAAAAAGUCCAUUUUUUCUUGUCUCCUAAGGCGAAAAUACACAUUGUUGACUGUCACGCCUUUACGCUUUGUCAAAAUGACACAAAAUUUGACACACACAUGUAUCUCAAUAAGAUCUACGAAAAAGUCAAUGCGAGCGUAUCUGUUCAAUGUACGGUUAAAGGGCUAUUUUGCAUUUUUUGCCGAUUCGCACACAUUGGAAUGUGGCUAACUCCUCCUAAAGCUUUUGUCCCAUCGGCUUCAAAUUUGCUCAGGUCAAUCUACACCCCAUGGCCAUUCAAAGUUGUACAAAUCAUGACGCUGCACCCCACGGUUUACGUUCUAGGGGGUGCCAAAGAGGACCCAAAUAUCCACAUUUUUAAAAGUCUUAUAACUUUUUAUUUUUGUCCUCACUGGCCUCCAAGUUUUCUAGGAUGAUGCAAUGUCCAGCCAUCAACACAUUUGUGAAGGAAUUUUUUCUCCCCAAAAGAGCGCCCCCCCAUGGCAGGAGAAAAAGUCAAGUUUUUCCUGCCCAUCGCUCAAUGGCUCAAAAGCAUCACUCUCUCGGCAAAACCGAAAGGAGGAGCAACUUGCCAUUUGGAUAUAUACUAGCUGUGUUUGUGCCCUCACUCAUGGUCCAGACUUUUUUCAAAAAGGACAUGGAGUUUGUCUGCAGCGAGCGUUUUGGUAGAAACUGCGCCUCCCAUUCAUUAUAAUGGUAAAUGACCACAGACAAGUGCGCACACCAUCUUUGGACCUUGAGUGUGACGCGAUCAAGAGGGGUAGGCGGUCGCGCUGGGGGCGGCGCGACACGGCUCGGGCCCGCCAGUGCCCCAACGGGGCCCUAGUUAUUAUUAUUAUUUUUCCUCCGCUUUAAACUGGAAAAUGGCCCACUUCCCACUGGCGAAAACUCAGGAAAUUUGGCAGGACGACCGGGCCUGGUGAAAAAUUCGAUAUUCUGAAGUCGCCCAAACAAUAAAAUACAAAAUGGCUCCAUAGCGCCCCCUAAGGUGAAAAUUCACACUAUUGACUGUCACGCCUGUACGCUUUGUCAUAUUGACACAAAAAUUGACACACACAUGUAUCUCAAUAAGAUCUACAAAAAAGUCAGUGCGGGCGUAUCUGUCAAAUGUACGGUUAAAGGGUUAUUUCGCAUUUUUUGCAGAUCCGCACACAUUGGAAUUUCGCUAACUCCUCCGAAGGCUUUCGGUCCACCGGCACCACAUUUGCUCAGGCCAAUCUACACUCCAUGGCCAUUCAAAGUUGUACAAAUCAUGAUGCUGCACCCCAUGGUUUAGGUUCUAGGGGGCGCCAAAAAUAACCCUAAAAUCCACAUUCUUAAAAGUUUUAUAACUUUUUAUUUUUGCCCUCACUGGCCUCCAAGUUUUCUAGGAUGAUGCAAUGUCCAGCCAUCAACACAUUUGUGAAGGAAUUUUUACUCCCCAAAAGAGCGCCCCCCCAUGGCAGGACAAAAAAGUCAAUUUUUUCUUGUCCCCUAAGGUGAAAAUACACAUUGUUGAAUGCCACGCCUGUACGCUUUGUCAUAUUGACACAAAAUUUGACAAUCACGUGUAUCUCAAUAAGAUCUACGAAAAAGUCAAUGCGCGCGUAUCUGUAAAAUGUACGGUUAAAGGGCUAUUUCGCAUUUUUUGCCGAUUCGCACACAUUGGAAUGUGGCUAACUCCUCCUAAGGUUUUCGUCCCACUGACACCAAAUUUGCUCAGGCCAAUCUACACCCCAUGGCCAUUCAAAGUUGUAAAAAUCAUGACGCUGCACCCCAUGGUUUACGUUUUAGGGUGCGCCAAAGAUGACCCAAAUAUACAUUACAGUAGACAAAGUAGUUUUGCCCACUGAGUGGCGCCAAAGGGACUUGUCUGUGGAGUCUGUGAGUCACUAUUGGCCGUUUUUGACUACUUUAGAUUUUACCUUUAUAUUUCCUCUUACAAAAUUUUUACCUUGCCUUGCCUGGUAUCAUUUUUUUCAGCACAACCUCACCUGUGUCAAUUUACAGUUAUUUUAUCAUUUUGACAUACUAUAUUUACACAUUGGACCCAAAUUCACACACAAAACAUAAAAUCCGAGUGGAAAAAAGUAACGUUUUUACUGUGAAAACCACAAAUAUGUGUGAUGAACUGUUUUUAAAACUUAAACUUCAAAUAAAAAUUGUAAACUUCAAAACAUAUGCAAAUUUUUAACAAAGAACAUAGUAAUUUACCUCUAUUUACAUCAAAAUGCAGGCAAUGGCCCAGGUGUUCUUUGUAAAAUUAUUUACAAAACACUGUAUAGUCUCACAAAUGUCACUUUUUAUUUAUGCCACUACAAAAAAACAUGAUGUAAAUGAUGCAUGAUGUAAAACAUGAUGUAAAAAACUUGUGUAGAUCCUCCUCUAUGUUAGUCCAUGUGUAAUUUUUCCAUAAUUCUUUGUUUUUUGCAGCAUUUUUGUUAGUGUAACUGCAGAUUGUGCUGACAGUGUCUAUGGCAAAAAAAAAAAAAAAAAAAGAAAAUGCCUCAACAUGAACCCCUGGUGGUCUCUGAGGGUGAAACCUGCUAACUGCUGCAGCUCUGUCAGCUUCAGUCUCCCAUGCAGAGCUCGGAGCGCAUGUGUGGCUCUGCACCCUUAGCAGCGUUGCUAACUCCUCAGUAAGGAAAGCCUGCUUCAUGUCAGAGUCUCUAAACUCCAGAAGAAGUCGAUAAAAGUCACUUUCUUUCUAAAAAAAAGUCGUUAGGGGGUCUGAAAAGUCAUUGAAUCUAACAACAAAGUCGCUAGGUUUGCAACUACGUGUCCCAGACUGCAUCCCUGCUGAGAGUCCCUCCCUCCCUUCUCAUAUUGCAGGAAGAACGUAAGUUCCCGCCCCUUGUCAAUCAGUCACCAUAUAAUUUUGGAUUGGUUGUUGUGGUGAAGUUUUCCACCAAUAGGAGAGAUGUUGUGGUGUGUUUUUUUUUUUCCUUUGGCAAGCCUUUUCCGCCUGUAAGACCUGUCGCUAAUGUCUGCAUGCUAUGUUUUCCUGUCUCAUACAGCGCGAUCGAGCGCCGAACGUGAUCAAAAUAAGCAGAAAACAAGUAUCGUGGACAUAAUUUAUCAUAACUCUGGUUUUAUUUGGCCUAUCAACACAAUUUAAAAACUGGUAUAUAGGUUGAGGUCCUCACUUUUGAGAUAAAUUGAAACGGAGAGUCAACGAGGCUCCGUCUUGCAGCUACAUCCGGUUGAAUAUGUCAUGUGACUUGAACGCACACACACACACACACACACACACACACACACACACACAGACACACACACACACGCACACACACACACUCAGAGUCUGGUUUUUAGCACCUGCAAAAACAUGCUAUUUACAUAUUUGACAAGAAUGCAGAGGCUCCUUUUGCCCCUGAAAAAAAUCAUAUUUCAAACACAACUUGACUGGUCAUUUCUCCAAAAGACAACCAUGAAGCUCCAUCCAAACCUGAAGCAGGCAGUUGGUGCAUGUGUACAGUAACCUGAGGGGAGUGAGGUGACUGCUUCUGAGGAGAACAUGAGCAGUGAAGAUUCACCUUAGAGCUAGAACAGAGACGUGCACAUGAUUAUACAGGGGCAGGGGCUCAAGUUUUUUCCAGUUGUUUAUACAAUAUGGAAAUUAAUGUGAAAUUAAAAAACAAAGUAUUAAUAGAAAGGUAAUGACUGUCCUGUGUAGGUGACAGUGAUAUCCAAUAGGCUAGGCACUCACGAGGCUGGCUGUGGCAAGUGUAAGUGAAAGCAACACGCACUGGCAGGAAGAACAGCAAACGCCGAUGAAGGAAAAGGGUCUUUGCAGUGAUGGGCGUUACCAGAGAGGGCGAUGGCCAGAGGACACAAAUGGGACGGGGAGGCAGCGCGUUGGGGGGGGGGACGCGACACAGCUCGGGCCCGCCAGUGCCCCAACGGGGUCCUAGUUCGUUAUUUUUCCUCCGCUUUAAACUGGAAAAUGGCCCACUUCCCACUGGCGAAAACUCAGGAAAUUUGGCAGGACGACCGGGCCUGGUGAAAAAUUUGAUAUUCUGAAGUCGCCCAAACAAAAAAAUGAAAAAUGGCUGCAUAGCGCCCCCUAUGGUGAAAACUCACCUGACGCCUGUACACUUUGUCAAAAUGACACAAAAUUUGACACACAUGUGUAUCUCAAUAAGAUCUACAAAAAAGUCAGUGCGGGCGUAUCUGUCAAAUGUACCGUUAAAGGGCUAUUUCGCAUUUUUUGCCGAUCCGCACACAUUGGAAUUUCGCUAACUCCUCCGAAGGCUUUCGUUCCACCGGCACCACAUUUGCUCAGGCCAAUCUACACCCCAUGGCCAUUAAAAGUUGUACAAAUCAUGAUGCUGCACCCCACGGUUUACGUUCUAGGGGGCGCCAAAGAUAACCCAAAAAUCCACAUUCUUAAAAGUCUUAUAACUUUUUAUUUUUGUCCUCACUGGCCUCCAAGUUUUCUAGGAUGAUGCCAUGUCAAGCCAUCAACACAUUUGUGAAGGAAUUUUUACUCCCCAAAAGAGCGCCCCCCCAUGGCAGGAGAAAAAAGUCAAGUUUUUCUUGUCCCCUAACAUGAAAAUACACAUUGUUGAGUGUCACGCCUAAACGCUUUGUCAUAUUGACAAAACAUUUGACAAUCACGUGUAUCUCAAUAAGAUCUACAAAAAAGUCAUAGAGCACGUAUCUGUAUAAUGUACGGUUAAAGGGCUAUUUUGCAUUUUUUGCCGAUCCGCACACAUUGGAAUUUCGCUAACUCCUCCGAAGGCUUUCGUUCCACCGGCACCAAAUUUGCUCAGGCCAAUCUACACCCCAUGGCCAUUAAAAGUUGUACAAAUCAUGACGCUGCAACCCACGGUGAAGGUUCUAGGGGGCGCCAAAGAUAACCCAAAAAUCCACAUUCUUAAAAGUCUUAUAACUUUUUAUUUUUGUCCUCACUGGCCUCCAAGUUUUCUAGGAUAAUGCAAUGUCCAGCCAUCAACACAUUUGUGAAGGAAAUUUUACUCCCCAAAAGAGCGCCCCCCCAUGGCAGGAGAAAAAAGUCUAUUUUUUCUUGUCCCCUAAGGUGAAAAUACACAUUGUUUAGUGUCACGCCUGUACGCUUUGGCAAAAUGACACAAAUAUUAACACACACAUGUAUCUCAAUAAGAUCUACGAAAAAGUCAAUGCGCGCAUAUCUGUCAAAUGUACGGUUAAAGGGUUAUUCCGCAUUUUUUGCCGAUCCGCACACAUUGGAAUGUGGCUAACUCCUCCUAAGGCUUUCGUUCCACUGGCACCACAUUUGCUCAGGCCAAUCUACACCCCAUGGCCAUUAAAAGUUAUUCAAAUCAUGACGCUGCACCCCACGGUUUAGGUUCUAGGGGGCGCCAAAGAUAACCCUAAAAUCCACAUAUUUAAAAGUCUUAUAACUUCUUAUUUUUGUCCUCACUGGCCUCCAGGUUUUCUAGGAUGAUGCAAUGUCCAGCCAUCAACACAUUUGUGAAGGAAUUUUUACUCCCCAAAAGAGCGCCCCCCCAUGGCAGGAGAAAAAAGUCCAUUUUUUCUUGUCCCCUAAGGUGAAAAUACAUAUUGUUGAGAUUCACGCCUAUACGCUUUGUCAUAUUGACACAAAAUUUGACAAUCACGUGUAUCUCAAUAAGAUCUACGAAAAAGUCAAUGGGCGUGUAUCUGUCAAAUGUACGGUUAAAGGGCUAUUUUGCAUUUUUUGCCGAUUCGCACACAUUGGAAUGUGGCUAACUCCUCCUAAGGCUUUCGUCCCACUGACACCAAAUUUGCUCAGGCCAAUCUACACCCCAUGGCCAUUCAAAGUUGUAAAAAUCAUGACGCUGCACCCCACGGCUCACGUUCUAGGGGGCGCCAAAGAUGACCCAAAUAUCCACAUUCUUAAAAGAAUCCACAUCCCCCCCCCCAUCCCCCAUCCCCCAUGGCAGGAGAAACAGUCAAGUUUUUCCUGCCCAUCACUCAAUGGCUCAAUCGCAUCGCUCUCCCGGCAACACCGUAACAAGGAGCAACUUGCCGUUUGGAUAUAUCCUAGCUGUGUUUGUGGCCUCACUCAUGGUCCAGACUUUUUUCAAAUAGGACAUGUAGUUUGUCUCCAGCGAGUGUUUUGGUAGAAACUGCGCCUCCCAUUCAUUAUAAUGGGAAAUGACCACAGACAAGUGCGCACACCAUCUUUGGACCUUGAGUGUGACGCGAUCGGGAGGGGGAGGCGGUCGCACUGGGGGCGGCGCAACGCGGCUCGGGCCCGCCAGUGCCCCAACGGGGCCCUAGUAUCUAUUUGAUUUUAUUAAAAUUGUUGUUGUUUUUUUUAGAAUCUAUUUAUUCAAGUUUCUUAAAAUCAUUAAUAUUUUACUCUGAAAACUAUUCAAUUUAAUCAGAUAAAAUGUAUUAAAAAAUAAAUAUGAUGAGCUGUUGAUCAGCUGUGAUUUAUUCAGUUAAAAUUUAUGAGACAGACACAAAUUGGAGAUAACAAUGAUGAAUACACAAAUUAUUUAUUCUAGGCUCAUUGAGUUUCUUGGUAUUAUUAUAUAAAUCUAAUUCUCAAUUGUUUUAUUUACAUUUGACUGACAAAUAUGCAGCACAAAUAGUUUAUUGUUCUGUUUAUGUUCAAUUUAAAUAAUUCAGAUAGAUGGAAAUUUUAUGUACAAUGAGACCUUAAUAUUCCUGUGAGUGUGUAACGACUGCCAUAUGGUAGGGGUCAGACUGAAUGAUCCUUUUUUUCUCCCCACUGCAAAUAUUUACUCUGGAUUAAACGACUGACUGAUAGAAAACCUAUUGUCAUUGUCAGAAAACACUAAUUACAGGUGCUGCUCUGUCCACAGGGGGCGCUAAAAUCAACACGAGGAAAAGCUCCUCACACAAGUUUUGAGACCUGCUCCUGAGUUUGGUUACAAUAACAGUCACAAUGACUUUGACGUCUGUGUGAACUUCCAUACAGGGAGAAAGAUGGAGUGGAAUUAACAAGAGAUGAGUCAUUCAAGUAUCGCUUCAAGAAAGAUGGCUGCAAACAUGUCCUGAUCAUCAACGAGGCCACGAAGGAGGACUGCGGUCAUUACAAGGUCAAAACGAAUGGCGGCGAGUCGACGGCUGAACUCCUGGUGCAGGGUAAGUGUCAGUCAGGCUUGUGCUGAGUACAGUAUGAAACAUUUUUAUCACUGAUAUACACUCCAAGUGCACAUUCUCAUGCCCGGCCAGUAGUCGUGUGGCCUUGCCCCUCCUGGCAUGCUGUCUAUCUUUGGGAUCUCUUGCCCGCGUCAUUCUGCCAAGGUUACUGCAGCGACGCGAGUCCACAUGCCAGCUAAAGUUAGAAGACGUGGACCAUAUUUCACCUGAAGGGCACGAUUCUGUACAAGUGACCUGUUUCCUCUCCCUCCUCUUUGUUCCACCUGGCUUUGUUUUUGUGCUGUUGUAAUGAUUUCAUUUUUAUUCAUCUUUUUUACUGCAUAAACCAAACAUAAGGGAGUUAAUGCUGAAGAUUUUUUUAAUGAAAGAAAUAUCAAUACUACUAAAAGAAAGUAUGCAAAAGCAGUGGGUGGAAUCAUAUUUCCAGUUGUCGAUCAUUUUGAGACCAUGGGGAUUGGCUAAAUUUCCUAUGGAGAGCUUGUUGGGGAUGAGGUCUUCCUCUUAUGCGCCACCUACUGUGUCAGGAUUUGUAGGCUUAUUAAUGUUAAAACGUUACCAACUUUUGUGUUAUUAUUGGAUAAAGCUGUAUUAUAAGCUGUAUUAUUUGUUAUCAGAAUAGCAAAUAAUUGCAAAACACUCACAAUAGCCUGACAUAAAUUGUAAUUUAUUAUAUCUUUGGGUACUUUAAAAUGCUCUGUUGUUGUCCCCAUAUUUAACAUGUACCAGUAAAACCUGUAGGUUCAGGUAAUGUCAAACUAAAUCAAAUAGUUUUUCACAUAGUUUUACAGUCUGAUGUUACCAAAGUACCGGAAGCUACAUUGGCAUUUAGAGGAAUAUUUGCAGUACCAACACAGGAACAGAACAAUCUUAACUUUCUAUAUCUUCAACUUUGUGUUUUUUAAAUGAUAUCGUAUCACUAGAUGCUGGUUUUUCUUGUUGGAAGUUGCUAUUUUCUAUUGAAAGAUUUGAUUUGUAUGUGGAAUUUGCAAUCAAUUUAGUUAAUGAUGGUUUUCAGUGAAGUAAACAAUCGUCAUGUUUUUUCUGGUAAAUAUCAAAGUUGAUUCAUUUUCUUAGAAAUAUUAUGAUUUUACUUCACAGGUGGUCUAAAAAUGCUGGAGAGAAUUGGUUCAAACUCUAAAUGAGAGCAAAACAUGAACAAACCCCAACUGGUUUGACCCUCUAUUAUUUUCCUCUUGUUACCUUUUCAUCUCAGCAUCAUCAGCUCAAACAGCAGAAAUAUUCACCAUGAACCAAACCAGACUUCAUCACAUGUUCAUGAUUCAACCUUCGCUGUAUUUUGUUACAUUUUAGUCCUGUGGCUAUUUACAGAAUCUGUACACCCUGAAUAUUACAUAUAUUCAUGUUCAGGUGUGAUAGAGUAUGUGUUUGUGCUUGUGUGCAUCCUCUAGGUGUUUGUACUUAGAUUUAAACCUGGUCUAAGCUCCUGCUUAUAGUCCAGCUCAGUUAAUCUGACUGUUAAUCAAACUACAAACUCGCCAAGAAAACCAGCUGUCGAGUGCAGCGGGGAUCAGCACCUUAUUUCACAGCACCAUUCUCACCUCAUUCACCCAUCCAGUGAGCUGACAUAAAGAAAAAAAACGACUCCUGUGACCUUUUCAGGGAGCGGGGUGCGACUUAUCUUGCCUGGUUUACACUUCCUAUUGAGAUAACUUAAUAACUCUGCAGUGCAUUAUUUUUUUGUGAUAUACAGUAAUAGCUUGAAGCUCCUGCAUCUGGUCUUCAUAUCCUCCCACUUUAUUUUCUACCAUAAAAUCCAAUUAACUAUUUCUCUUGUGCCUGUUGCUAAGAUACUAAAUACAAAGGCUGGGCAAAGAUAAUAAACACCUCACGCACCAGCUUAUUAUUACCGUAUUAUCCUCACAUACAAAAGCUGCCUCUCUUUUUUUCGAAUCAUAUUAUCCUCAUAUAUAUAUCAUCAUCUCAUUCCUGACCUGUCUGUGUUUUUCUGACUGUGCAGAGAAAGAGCUGGAGGUGUACCAGAGCAUCGCAGACCUCACAGUGAAAGCAAAGGAUCAGGCGGUUUUUAAGUGCGAGGUGUCAGAUGAGAACGUGAGGGGGACGUGGUACAAGAAUGGCGUGGAAGUCCAGCCUGACGCCAGAAUUAAUAUCACACAUAUUGGCAGGUGAGGAGAAUGUAGCACAUGCUUUACAUGAGCAUACAUCCCGUUAUAGUAUGCAGUAAACUUGACAAUUUUUCUCCGUUCAAGGAUCCACAAACUGACCAUCGACGAGGUCAAACCAGAGGAUGAAGGAGACUACACUUUUGUGCCAGACGGCCAUGCCUUCAACUUGUCUGCAAAACUCAAUUUCUUGGGUAGCAUUUCUUUCUUUUUUUCUUAAAACUUCAAACUAAACAUGGGUCAGUUCUCUCCAAACUGAAGCUGUUUACCUGUAUUUUUUAUUUUUGUUUCUUUAGAGGUGAAGAUUGACUACGUCCCGCGCCAAGGUACAAACAACCACAACCACCUAGACUGGAACAUUUCAAAAUCAAACUUCUGCUCUUUUUAACCAUUUCUUUUCUCCUUUAGAUCCUCCUAAGAUCCAUCUUGACUGUAUGGGUCGCACUACAGAGUCAACCAUCGUGGUGGUGGCUGGCAACAAAUUGCGUCUGGAUGUCCCAAUUACAGGAGAUCCGGCUCCCACAGUGGUCUGGACCAAAGGAGAGAAGGUAAAGCAGACACAUAGACCUCUGUUUUUAACCAGGCAUCACACCCAACUUCUGACAUCUGACAACUAUCCAGAGCAUAGUAGGUAAGGCCUGAAAUCUGUGACUUAUUCAUCGUUAAAAACACAUUUCAUAGCCAUACUAAUGCUGUGAAAUUCUGGAAGAUUCUAGCUCUUACAGUUCAUUUUUAAUACAGCCCAUCUCCAGGAUAAUAAACUCUUAUCAGCUAACAAUUUUGUGUCUAAACAUUUUUGGAUUUGCAAACGUCUGGCUGGUGCACUAAGACGUUUUAACCGAGCUAUUGAAUUACAAGGCUAAUUACAGCUUAAUUAAAUGACAUGUACCAGCGUGCUGAUGUUUGAGUCGAAAGGAAAGUGAGGUUACACAACCUCUCUGUUCUCUUCGGCUUUUACUGCUUUGCUCUGCUCAAAUAUAGGCUAGUUCUGUAAAACCUGGCGGAGAGGAGAAAGAAGGAACUACUACCUCUUGGACCCUGAAUGACGGGGACGUAAGUGUGCAUGUUUCAUUCAAACACUUCAAGCCAGCUACAACCAGCACCAUGCCUUCUAACCCACAAUUCACUUCUAAUGACAAUGUGAGAAGAGUGUGUGAUGGCCCGCAGUGUGCUGGAUGAACAGAUGUAGCCAGAGGAGAAGCUGUUGUUUUCAUAUAAAGAUAAUCUUGUUUUCUAUGUAAGAUCAGAGGAUAAUGCGCACAAACAUCUAACUGUACCAAACAGCUGCAUCUGAAUGUGAACAGUUCAGCUUCACCUGUAGUUACAAUAUCUCUGCACGUGUUUGUUAUCCUCUGUACAAAACUUUAGGAGCAAGUCACAUGAACAUGGUGUUACUAAAUGUUGAGCAAUGAGGUAAGAGCAUGUUCAGAUUUCCUACAAAGACAGAAACAAGUCAGAAAAAACUCUACAGUAAGCAUACUUUUGAAGGGGACAUUUCUAUGUCUUAUGUCCUUAAAAAGAGAUAUUCCAGCAUAAAAUUAAUUUAGGAUCAAACAUACGUAACACCGAGUUAGACAUCCCCUUGAGAGAUGAAUGUUGCCGACUGCUUGCUUCUCUAGUUAUACCGACUUUAGACCCAUUACAGACUGAUGGGGUGACGCAGUUCAAGGAAGAACAUUUAUGAUCAUUACUUUAAUCAUUUUGCACUGCAGACGCGGUAGUUCUUCUGCCUUAGCAUCUCGAACUGAUUGCAUUUCCAUGAAGAAAUGAUCAUAAAUGUUCUUCCUUGAGCUGCGUCACCCCGCAGCAGUCCGCAAUAGACUGGUCUCGCUACAAACAAACAAAUGGCUGCUGGAAGAGAGUAGGUGAGUUGUGUUUAGUCUCUUUGCUAAAGAAAUUAGGCAAACUUCAAAAGAUGUUUGGUGGUUAGUGCUAUGGCUGGGACCCUAUAUGUUCUGUUGAUGAAGUUAGGUGCUGUUCUGAGCAUUAUCUGUGGCUAUAGAGUGGCGUUCUGGUUGAGGUUUGUUUAUGGCUGUGUAUUGCUAUUGUGCGGUCGUUACUAAAGUUGGUAUAACUAGAGAAGCAAGCGGUCAGCAACAUUCAUCUCUCGAGUUACUCAGUGUAACAGUGUGUUUGACCCUAAAUUUAUUUUACGCCGGAAUAUCCCUUUAAAUAUAUUAUUGUUAGGAUUGUCAAGCAAAUUGAUUACUGACUUUCAAUUUUUAACAAAGAAUCAAUCACAUUUUUAUCACGAGGAAACUUAGGAAAACACGUGGGCGUCCCUGAGACUCAGGUCCAACUCAGUGUUGACGGGCCUGCAGUCAGUUUCCACCGGUUAGCCGCCACCAUCAGCCAUCUUAGCUGAACCUUUAUGUUUAGCUCGUAGCCAAUAGAUUUGACUCAAAUAACUUGAGUGAUCUUUAAAUUCAGUUUGGCUAAAAGUGUGUAUUACUAUCAACUUGCCAACUUGAACCAUCUAGGAGCUAUUGAGCAGUGGCAGAAAGUAGGAAGACACUGCAGUCAGUAAACUACAGUGUGUAGGAAGGGACAAGCCACAAUAACGUAGGAUCAGAAAAAUUAAAGGUCGGUUUGUUCAGGACUUUGAUCACAGUGGAAUUAACAUAUCGAUGCUGACAGCCCUAAUAAUUCGAUGACUGAAUAAAAAGGGAUGAAAACUCAACAUGCAGAUGCAGUAUGGGCACAGGUAAGUGACGUCUCCUGUAACUGGUGAGCAGUGCUUGAGUUCAGAUCAUUUUUCUUUAUUUUGCGUUUCUCUUGAUGAAGGUUCUCAUGUCUUUACAAGUAAGAUUAUGAAGCAGUUCAGCCUUUAUUAGCCUUUCCUGAAAGUCCAUUUCAGACCCUGUCAUGUACUGGUCCAACAUUUGCAUGACUACAUUUGAAGUCUUGUGUUAUGUGCCACAUUCUGUUGACUUAAAAAGCACACCUGAGGAACUUUUAAAACUUUUGUUAGACCAUGUUUGGAGAAACCGAAAAAUUGCUGUGGAUGCAAUUUUUGUCAUCCCAGGCCGUUAUCCUGGGACCAAGAGUUAUUGAUUAAUUGACAUCUUAAGAUAACAAAGCAUGUUUAUUUUAAGUAUCAGCUCUUUGAUAUUGCCAUGUUACCUAUACACAGUAGAUUUAAUUAGGAAAGUGAAAUACAUUCAUUUUAUGCAAAGAUCACUUCUAAAAAUGAGGUUCAGGUUCACUUUAUUAUAACUGAUAACAUCCAUCUUACUUAAAAUCUGAUGUUUUGAUUAAUUAUUAUUAAUUCUUGACACAUAUACUUGCUGUACUUGUGAAGGUAGUUUUUCCCCUGAAAGACAGGUCUAUGGGCUGUAACAGCAUCUGUACCUGCAACACGUCCAAGAAGACCAUCAGUCAACGAAGGCUGAUUUUGAUACCCAGUAUCUUCACUGUGGUUCUCGUUGUGUAGGUCCUCACGGAAGGAGGUGGUCGGGUGCAUAUAGAAACCGCCAAAGGACACUGCAUCUUUACCAUCGAGGGGGCCGAGAGGCAGGAUGAAGGGAUCUACUCCGUUGUGGUUCGAAACCCUGCAGGAGAGGACACGGCUGAUAUUAAUGUGAAAGUUGUUGGUAAGACAAAGAGCAGAGCAUUUUGUUAUCAUUAGCUGCAUGGACCCUCAUCAUUUUUGGAUAUUAAACUGCAAAUAAAGAAGUUAAACUGGUUCGUUUUUCUCAGUGAUAUGAAUGAUAUUUCUUUUUCAAAUAUUAACUGCAGGGAAUAUUUCCUUCCAGAUGUUCCUGAUCCUCCACAGGCUGUAAAAAUCCUCAGUGUUGGAGAGGACUCCUGUGUUGUUCAGUGGGAACCCCCUCUGUUCGAUGGUGGCCAGCCAAUCAUCGGUAAAAUUCAAACAAAACUUUAACUCCCUCUUACUACACGUCUUCACUGUCUGCUUGAUCUCUUGAUAAACCAAAAAACUUGAUUUUCUACAUUUUGACUCCCAGGUUAUGUGCUGGAAAGAAAGAAAACAAAGAGCUACAGGUGGAUGAGGCUGAACUUCGACCCUUAUCCCGAGACAACAUACGAAGCCAGUAGAAUGAUGGAAGGAGUGGCGUACGAGAUGCGAGUCUAUGCUGUCAACGGUAUCGGCAUGUCUCGUCACAGCCUUGCCUCACAGCCUUUCAUACCAGUCGGUGAGUCUGAAACCAGCUCUGAUCUUAUCACACACACUUCUCUGAGCCUCUCUGAGUCCUUCACUCUUCUACAUAUUCUACAAGAAGAGCAUGUACUCAUCAUGAGGCGAAAGAAACAUCCAUUCAGUUUGGCACUCUGGCUGCUCUACAGUGUUCUGAUGUUGUUGGAUGAUUGAUGCUUGACAGGCCUGACGUUGACGUGUCUGUAUUUUUGAUGGCGCCGGGGGUCGUGUCACGCUUGGUCUGUUCGGUCUAAAGUUUCACCCAGGUCAUGUCACCUGGUUGACUUGUUGUGUUGUCAGAUUCAGGGGCAUGUUUUCUGUUUGCUCACUGAAAUCCAAGAAGUCUAUGCAGCAGAAGUACAGAUGUAAUGAUCGUUUCUUAUUGUCAGUCAUGAGGUUGUGUAUCUGUCUGUUAUCAUCGAAGAUGCUAUUCUAUUUGUUGAACCUGGGGCUGAACAAAGCUUGAGCUAAGGGCCACAAAAAAAUGAGAUUGGGGAUACAAGCUGCUGAGCUCAGCCUUAGAGAUCUGACCAGGAGCUGAGGCAUCAGGAAAGAGCCCAGAGUGCAUAAAAGAGCCGGUUAAAGGGAUAUUAAAAUAAAGUUAGGGUCAAACACACCGUAACACUGAGUAAAACACCCUAUUGAGAGAUGAAUCAUAAAUGUUCUUCCUUGAGCUGUGUAACCCCACUGCAGUCGAUGGACUUGCCUGGAGGUCUCCGUACAAACAAGCGGCUGCUGGAAGAGAGAGGGUGAGUUGUGUGCUAAAGAAACCAGGCAAAGUUAAAAAGGUGUUUGGUGGCUAGUGCUGUGGCUGGGACCCUAUAUGUCCUGUUGAUGAAGUUAGGUGCUGUUCUGAGCAUUAUUUGUGGCUAUAGAGUGGCGUUUUGUUUGGGCGCGUGGCUCUCUAUAUUGCUAUCGUGCAGUCGUGCCUAAAGUUGGUAUAACUAGAGAAGCAAGCGGUCAGCAACAAUUAUCUCUCGACGGGGUGUCUAACUCUUUGUUACACCAUGUUUGACCCUAACUUAAUUUUGCGCCGGGAUAUCCCUUUAAGGUGGUUUGGGCAUCUGCCUCCUUGAUACCCCUAAAAUGGAUGCACCCAACUGUGAGGAGACCCAGAGCUUGUUGGAUUAUAUCUUCCAUUGAGGAGUCUGAAAACAUUGCUGGGGAGAGAGACAUCUGGGGCAUCUUGCUCAGCUUGACUCUGGAUAAGUGGGAAAAAAUGAUGAGUGAAUGAAAUAUUUUACUUGCAGAGCAAAUUUUAUGGAGUUUGUCUGAUUAAUUUUACCAUGGGGACAAACUUGGAUGUUUAAAGUUCCUCUGUCUGUCAGCUGUGUCUAAACAAAUCAGAUCCACAGUCUGAAUGAUGCUGGGAAAGGUUUUUUUUUACCUCCUUCGAUUAAAAUUUUUGAACACUCAACACAUCAAACUUGGAAAUUUUUAGAAUUGAAAUAGUGACUUGAAAUAAUCACUUGAUGUUACAAUUUUCUACUUAAUAGUAAACCAAAUUUUCUAUAUGAAAUAGCUCAAUGAUCAGAUUGAACUGCUGUCCUCGUUUCCCCAUUUCUAAUUGUGGAAGCGCUGCCUCUCUGCCCUGGGAGUAUCCUAUAACUCAGGGUCGAAAGUUUGAAUUGUCUCUUAGUCCGGCUCUAAUUUAUUUAACUCCCAUCUCAUUCUCCACUUGUUGAUCAAGAGAGAACAUCAUUGUGUCCAGAUGGCCAGUGGCUCGUAAGGCAGCUGAUUAGGGAAACAAUCUGUGGCAUCCCUCUCUAUAAAUAAUGGCCCGGGAGCUCUUGGCUCUGCUGGGACCAGCUGCUGAAGACGGGGGGUUCACGCUACCGUGGAGGCUGCUCCUGGGGGAGCAUUGUUGACACUCCAACAACCGCGAGUAGUAAAAAGAACACGAGACUGUUAGAGAAUGAGAGGUUAGAGCAGGGCGUUUGGAGGAAGAGAGGCACGGGAACAAAAAGGAGCUUCAAUCAGUGACAGGACUGAGAGGCACUGAGACACGAUGACGAAGCCUAAACUUCCGAAGACAGCAGAGAAAAAAACAGCUGAGGAAACACCAGCUGAUGCUCCAGUGGAGGUGGAAACCAGCAAAAGUGAAGCAGAGGCACCUCAACCUCCCGCUGAGGCAGAAACCUGCAGUGAACCAGCACCGGAGGUCCCAGCAGAGGCUGCUACUGAUGCUGGAGCUCCAGCUGAGAGUGAGACACCACCCGCAGAUGAUGGUGUCCCCCCUACAGAAAGUGUUCCCCCUGCAGAGGGGGCCCCUGCUGAGCCUGUUCCUGCUGCUGAUCCGGAGCCUGAGCCUGAGCCUGAACCUCCUGCCAGUAGGCGUUCUUCUUUUAAAGAUGUUAAUCAUCAUGUAGGCUUCAGAGACUAAAACAUGCUUUUUAAUGGUUGAUUAUUUCCACCCCUCAUUUGUCUGUGUCUUUGGAUAUGAAUCUUCCUGUUAAUGUUGCAAAUGAGCAGAACGGCUCUCAGUUUGAUCUCUUGAAUGAUACGAAACUGAAUUUGCACUUUGUACUGUGUCUCCAGGUUGUACCAAUCAUGUUUUUUAACAGCAUCAGCUCUGUUGACUUUCUCCACAUGAGGAAAACCCUUGACCUCUGACUGGUGUUUCCAUCAUGCUGCUGCGCUUUAUACUUAGCCUGUGUCCUAUGACAUAGAGCCUGCUGGCCUCAGAAACCACUGGGCUACAACCGCAAUUCAACACCUCGUAUUCUGCCCUCGUAAUGUCAGCGAGUCAGUGCAGUGACAUGAACGAUUUAUCGUUGACUGAAUCCUUCCUCUGAGCAGUGACGAGCUGCUCUUUUCUGAAGCUAUUUGGAGAACCAGCGGUAACCUGCUGCAUACGGUCGACACAGCUUAACCAGACAGACCGAGCUUUAAGAAGAUGUUUGUUUAAUCAUCACAGAGCUGGCUGCAGCUCAUCUUGACUCACUGAUUUGGGGGCAAACAGUCAAAACGAUGCAUGUUUGAAGCCAAGCGAAUCCACAAUAUGACAAAUUUUAUGCUGAAGAGCUUAAAGAUACUGUGAGGAGUUUUUUUUUGGCUGGUUAUGAAACAGACUAAAAAGAAAACUGAUGCUUGUUAAUGAGCUAAAAAGCAAACAAAGUCAUCAGCAGAUUACCUCUCUAUACUCAUUUUCUUUCCUGCCAUGGGGUAGGUGUGAGAAAAGUGAUAAACUGCACGCUGCAGAAAAUGAUUUGUGAUUGUUUGGAAAUGGAGAGAAAGGGGGUGACAUACAGCUGAGGGUCGUGAUAAUGAACUGCCGUGAUAAAAACGACCUCAUUAUUUGUGUUGUAGUGAAAAUGCAGCAUUUCAGACGCUGUGGAGAAAACGCGUGUCACCCCUCUUGUUGCUUGCUUUGCUUUUGGCACUUGAAAGGUGAAAACAAAAUAUGGGAAGCAGCUGAUGAGCCACUAUUAAUGUGAGAUCAAAUCAUGUCAUUUCAUCCCUGAGGGACACAAAGUGCAGCAGGCACUCAGACAUCAGCUCAGCGGUGAACUCCAGGCCAGACAGACAGCUCAUCUCUCCAGGGGUGACAUCAGCAGACUUGCAGCCUAAUGGAUGCGAAUAUAACUGAUGACACAAACACACAUCUUUAUCGGCUGUGUCCCUCUGGAAGAUUAGGGCUAAUUCUUUUGUUUUAUGCUGUGAAAGUAAAUGACAUUUUGGCUGUGACAGGCUUGUUAGCAUUUAAUGCUUCUCAUUAAUAUUGAUCACAGACUGUUUAAUACGUAAAUGUAGUCUCAGCAUCAUAACCCACAUGUUUCUGAAGUAAAGUUUUAAAGCCUGAAUCAAAAAUGCUGACUCACACUAACUUUUGUGCAGGCAAAGAGGCAGAGCCGAGGUAGAUGUUCAGCCGCCUCGCUGACAGAUAUAAUGUGCCCACCCAUCCGAUAAUUUGAUAUUUUAUUUGCACAAAAGUAGACAUAAAAUAAUUACAUAUUUAAAACAAAGAAGUUCAAUGAAACUGUGCAGGACAGGAAAGAAGCCUGAAGGAUUUAUACAGUAUCCUCCCCAUUAAUACAAGUAAAUUAAAACAUGUUGAAUCUUAAACAAUACAACAUCAGAAGAAAAAAAAAGACUAAAUAGAGAAACGUGCAACAAACAAAAGAAAAGAAAAAUAAUAAAACAAAAAAGAAAGAUGAAACAAAAAAGAAAGAUAAUAAAACAAACAAAAAAGAAAAAUAAGAAAACUAAAAAAGAAAAAUUAUAAAACUAAAAAAGAGAAUAAUAGUAAAACUAAAACGAGAAAAAUAAUAAAACAAAAAAGAAAAAAUAAUAAAGCUAAAAAAGAAAAAAAAUAACAAAAAAGAAAAAUUCUAAAACUAAAAAAAGAAAAAAAAUAUAAAACAAUAUUUCAGCUGUGCUUUUAAUUUUGCACAACUUGUGACCUAAAAAUCUUGACACUGUGCUUCCCUGCACUGAUUUCACCUCUAAAACUAAAAACGGUUUAUUUAUCAUGUAACUUAUAGUAACAGAUGAGACUAUGGACCUCAAAGAAGCUGCAACGAUCUCAGCUUGUGUUAAAAAUUAAUUGAACUGUGUAGGAAAAAAAUGGUCAACACUCAAACAUGAAGCAGCAAACACAAACCGUUCUGUUCACAUCAGACACAGGGGUGGAAGUCAGCCAGUAUGCAGCGGUACGUAGUACCGGGAAGACUUAAACAGCAGUUUACAGCCGGUACGCAGCGGUACGCAAACUUUCACCGAUGUGUGUAAGCUACAUUUGCUUACCGUGUGACCGCGGGUCAGUCUGCACUCUGCAUUGUAACUGUAGUAAUCCAAUAGGACCAUGCUGCUCGCGAGUGAGUCCUAUAUACUUCCGCAAACAAACUCCAGAAGUGGCGCGCUUUUGAUUGGACGCUGGUUGCCAAGGCGCUCCCGCCUUUUGCAGAAGGAGAGAUUUCUUAAAGAGACAGCAGCUUUAAUCUUAAUGCAGAAAUAAAACAACAAUUCUGAGAAAACUGGAUUUUAUGUUCAAGAGAGAGAGAGAUGCAGCAGAUGAUGAUACUGUGGCAUCAGAGUCAGCACCUAGUUAAACUUGGGUGUGUUCCUCUUGUACAAAGCCUACAGGUACGAGUACCUGUAAGAACCUUUUACUAUUUUCACCUCUGAUCAGACACCAUAGUUUGCAGCCUUAGCACCUUGCAGGAAAGUGAAAGUUGGAGAAAGGUCAAGCUACUUACUGUGCUCAAAGGCUUGAAACAUGAGAAAAAUAAUGACUUUAUAAUGAUUUUAUUAUUUCAUACUAUGUGAGAUGGUUAUCUGGUCUUGAAGAGAUCACACGUGUUUAAAUAUGUUGUAAAGAAGCUUCGGUGUCCUCUUGAAUUUGAAUCAAGGGUUUAUCAGAGCAAGUCCAAAGGCUUGUCAGCUUGAAUUGAUUUUAAACGUGGUUAAGAAAUAAGUUUGACUUGACACGAUUUGCCCUGAGGUGUGAGCGCUGAACCUGAGCUGCCUGCCUCUGGGAACUUACUGUUGUCUGAACUGGCCAACAUUUAAUUGGAAAGAAAAAUGUUUGUAGUGCUGAGGAGCUGAUAGCUGCUGUGAUGCUAAGAUGCUUUAGGGUCUUUUAAUCUCUGAUUAGGUUUGUCAUCUCGUUCAGUCAUCCAUUAAGAUCAGUUUUCAGUAAUGCUCUAACUGGUUAACUCGCACAUUUACCUGCUCUCUGCUUUACCCUCAGCCCCUACAAGUGAGCCCACCGGACUGUGUGUGGAGGACAUCAGCGACACUUCCAUUUCUCUGAAGUGGCGGCGGCCUGAGAGGAUCGGCUCGUCUGAACUGGAGGGCUACGGGGUUGAGUACUGCAAGGAGGGCAGUAAGUGCUGGAGCUACAGACCUGCAUUCUUUGAUAAGGACGUUUUUUAAUAGCAUCACGGUUUAUUUUCAGCUGUCAUGAUUAAUGAUAUUAAAAGUUUGCUGACAGUCUACAUAAAAAAGUAAGAAAACCAAAACUAUUGUCUAAAAGAAAAGAAUUACCCCAGCAUCUCCAAAUAGAUGUUUAACAUACAUGUUCAUCUUAACACAUAUAAGGGGUCUCAGGGAUGCCAUCUACUUGUUUCUGGAGUGAAAAGAAGCACAAAGACAGUAGCUGCCACUUUAAAAUGUUGCAACUAAUUCCGCCUAAAAGGAUUUUAACAUCUUAACCAACUUCAAAAACACCAGAGACCCAGCACAUGACGACAAAUAAUGACUGGAGUAAGAAGUAUGUUCUUGUAUUGUGUGGUGCACAACGAUGUGGUGAACACAGCGCACUGCACACAUGGACUCUUCAGCAGUAGCAGGAGUCCCAACUCUCAUAGUCGGAAAUCUGGUGAAGUCUCACAGGACAAUCUGGCAAGACAGUCUAAGAGAGCCAUCAGAAAAUAGAGCCUUAAAUGAAUUUGGUCAGGAGGGGUGAAAAAUCAGCUCAAUUAUCUUGUAGCAUGUGCCACGCUCAACUUUAAUAAAUGUAGAUGAUAGUCAGAUGCUUAGCCUCCUGAUGAGUGACUACAAAAUGCAUUUUAAAAUGUUUGAAUUUGUAGUUUUAUGCUGAUACAUGAAAAGUUAAUACUGAAAUAAAAGAAAACAUCUGAUAGUGGACUAAAAAUGAUGGAGGCUCAGAUGAACCUGUUUUUGUAGUUUCACGUCAUCCUAACCUCUUGUGUAUUUUCUGGUCACAGCGGAUGAAUGGAUUCCUGCCAUUGAGGGUCUGACUGAUCGGACAUCGCUGACCGUCAGAGGACUCACCACCGGAGACAAGUUACAGUUCCGUGUGCGAGCCUACAACAUGGCAGGACCCAGCAAUCCUGCCACUCUGGCUCAACCCGUCACCAUCAGAGAGAUAAUGCGUCAGUGUUUUUAUGCAUUUUAUACUUCUGAUGUUUCUUCUGCUGCUCUGUCUUUAGUCCACACUGAUAAAAACUUGCACAUUUAUAUAUUAAACUCAUCUUUUAGUUUGAGCUGCUUCACUGUGUCAAUAAUACUUUUUACUUUUGCCGUCUUUCCUUUUGCAGAACGCCCAAAAAUUUGGCUGCCCAGAGCCCUUCGCCAGACCCUCAUCAAGAAAGUUGGAGACACUGUGAACCUUGUUAUUCCAUUUCAGGUGCAGAAAAACAUGAAGCUUAAUUAAAUAGACAUCUGCUCCAAAUAAGAUAUCAAACACUACAGUCUGGCGCCCCCUUUGGACAAAACAGUUUUUGCUUAUUUUGCCCUCUACAUGCUUGAGUAGAGUCUUUGAACAACAAAUCUCAUCCAAUAGGGGCUCAACAUUCAGGGUCUGGACCAUUAGAUCUUAAUACAUGGAGGGGAAUUCAUGUUUGUACCUUAUUUUGCCAGAGUGACAUAAUCUGCUUGUCGUGCAGGGUAAACCCAGGCCACAGGUCACAUGGAGCAAAGACGGGGAGCCUCUUAGUCCCACAUUUGCCAGCGUGAGGAACAGUGAAGUAGAUACCAUCCUCUUCAUCCGUAAGACAGAAAGGAAACACUCGGGAAAGUAUGACCUCCAGGUAGUGAUUGAGAACGUGGAAGACACAGCGAGUAUCACGCUGCAGAUUGUCGGUAAGCAGGACCGAACAGGCACUGAGCUGCUGUGGGUAUUAACAAGAAAGAAUACAAUCUCUGUAAACAGCAAUCAGUGGAGUCACUCCUAAAAUGGCACCGCCUGCAAAGAGCUAAUUAUAUUUCUCCUCUGUAGAUCUCCCCGGGCCCCCUGAGGAGCUGAAGAUCGCGGAUGUGUGGGGUUUCAAUGUUGCGCUGGAAUGGAAGCCGCCUAAGGACAACGGAAACUGUGACAUAUCAGGGUACUGCAUUCAGAAAGCUGACAAGAAGACAAUGGUGAGACCUGACACCCUCAUGUCCUCACAAGAGGGCUUUUGAAUGAAUGUGGAAACAGGAAACAAUGAAACCAGUUUAAAGUCUCACUCCAUUUUUUUUUUUUUUACUACUGAAAGUGUUCUCAGUGGUCUGUAGAUUAUGAUUAUGAAGUUUUUAGCCUUGACAUUUUCAAGGACUUUCUUCUGCAGAGCUCCAGCAGCUCAUUAGCAGUUUGCCUCUAAAUCGUGGGUGGAGAUAGCACUGCUCUGCACACUCCUCCUCACGCUAACUUGUGGCCUAACACUGCCGGUGUAGAAAGGAGCUGUUCAACUCUCAAACACUAAUGACUUUGGGGAUAUGAUGAAAGUUAAUAUCAUAAUUGGCUUUCCUUUGAGCAUUGCAAUCCGCUUACACGCACACUUAUUUCGCGUUACUCUCUUCUUUACGUCUCCGAGUCUGGCCUGCAUAGCGGGGCUCCAGGGGCGGAGCUUGCAGUUGUGACAUAGGAAAUCUCUGUCACAGUCCAGGGUUUAAAAAGGGGAAAGGACCCAAAAUGCAGAACAAAAAUUGAUUUAAUUUAAAGAACUAAAUGAAAAAAGCAACAAAAGAGAAAAACAAGGACAGAUUGUAAGCACACUGGGAAACAAGCAGCAGCUGAAACAGAUGAGACACAGGUGAAACUCAUGGGUGAUUAACGAAGAAGGGAAAACUAGGAAGGUAACACCAGACUAGAAACAAAAGGAAUCAACUACAAAAAAAAUUAAACAGGAAAUACUGAAAACUGAUAUAAAGGACAAAGCACAGAGAACAGGAGGGAAACAGGGUCAAACACAAGCUGAAAACUCACACGACUGGACUACAGGGGAACAGGGACAAUAGGGAACAGAGACACAAGCGAAAAUCACAAAGGAAAUAAACUCAAACGCUUAAAACCAGGGAAAACUAAAUCAACAGAACAUAUCAUGACAAUCUCAUCGUGUCUCACCCUGCUGUUUGGUUCUCAUAUGUCCUGUAGCAUCAGAAAAACAAAAAAUGUAGGUUUCUACUACUUUUUGGACCUGAAUCUGAAAACUAUGAAAGACUAUGUAGACCGUCUCCGCGUUUCCUUGAUAAGCUUGAUUGAGUCACAGCUGGUAACUCCUCCACAGUGAUCUGUGAGGGUAACAAACAGGCAUGUCUUUAAAGCCUGUAGUGUCUUAUUAAGUGAAACAGAUUUUUAUCCCAGACCGCUGCGUCAAGUCUGAUUUUAAAUCCUCUCUUUACAUUUAGAGUGUCUGAACAUGUGGGAGGUUAAAUGCUGCAUGGACACACGGGGAUAUUUUAGCCUCCCUUGUGACAUAUAUACUGUAAUCAGCUGGCCAGAAGUGAUGCAUUAUGGGCCAAUUGGCAAGAGCUCCUACUGGCACCAUCCUCCAGCUCGCGCUUCCAGGAACAAUGUGGAGCAGGAAUGUCCUAAUCUUAUCCCCGCAGCUUUGACCCGGUCUGGAUUGUCUGUGCUGUGACGCAGAGCCAUUGUACUGAUAGUUCAUGUUUCACUGCGGUCAUUAUUAGAUCAAAUUAAUUUCACUUGCAUCUCUAUAUAGAGCGUGUCAAUUAUCAGGUGACCGAUAACAAUGUUCUGUGUACCUGCGAGAUGCCGGAUGACUGAAGAUAAAUAUAAAAGUGCUGAGGGCACACGUGACUACCAACCUUUUCAUUCAUGGACCCAGAUGACUGACUUUAAAAUGCCUGCUAGUGCUCAGUAUCAUGUUUAUCAUUGAGGUAUUAGUGGAACCAAAUUGGUGAUAACAGUGAAUAUCUUUCUAGUUUUGUGGGACGCCGCAUCAUCAUGAGCGUUUAUCUAUGUCGUGAAAGGGCACAUAGUCUCUUUUACUUCCUCACCAUUUCAACAUGUUGAUGCUGAUGCUAAAACUUUCUUAUGUCCAUGUAAAGGAGUGGUUUACAGUCGUAGAUCAGUACAGGCGAACAAACUGCGUGGUGUCUGACCUCAUCAUGGGGAACGAGUACGUCUUCAGAGCCUACGCCAUCAACCUGGUUGGCCUCAGUCCAGACCCCUGCAACACUAAAGACAGCGCGUUCAUCCAGAAAACAGGUGGGCUCCGACUACAUCCUGGUCCUGGUUUUAGUUCCUUAGAGUACAGAUAUUGUAUAUUUCUUCUAUCUUUGCGUCUCUACAGGUAUCGCUUACAAACCGCCAAACCACAAAGAUCACGACUUCUCAGAGGCUCCAAAGUUCACUCAUCCACUGGUGAACCGAUCCGUCAUCGCAGGAUACAAUGCCACUCUCACCUGCUCAGUCAGAGGCAUACCAAAGGUCAGUGCUUAAAAUAGUUGACCAGAGUAACUGAACAUGUAGUGGGAGAAAAUCUGCGAGGUAUUUUGAUGAGGUCCUUUAAAGCUUCUGUGAGGAGAUGUUUGAUUUUUAUGAAAUAGACUGAAAUUCAUUUCGGUGCCUUUUUUUAUGACUUAUCAAAGUGAACAUGGAUUAAAAAACAACACUGAUGAAUUUCACACUGAGAUUUUUAAAGCUUGAAACUUGUGCAGGAGGGUAGCAGCAGGAGAAAACUGCCCUGUUUUUACAUUUUUGACAUAAAAUAUUCAUAAUAGGUGAUAAACUUGACUGUCAAAAGUCAGAAUGAGGGUUUUUUUGAUGAACAAAGCUUGUUUUUGUCUAAGAGAGCACCAGAAAUGACACGCAGGAGCUUUAAAUACUAACCUUUUCUACAGCAUUUGACACAAAUCUUGACCUAUUUUAGGAUAUUCUGAAAAAACCUGUUCAGAUUAGCACACUUUGUUUUAUUUAAACAUUGUAUACUGUUAUACUUUAUAUAUUUCUUGCAUGCUUUUAUAAGUUUUUAUUCUAGUAUUUUAUAUUUCUCUGUUUACUGUUGCACCAUCAUGCCAAAACAAAUUCCUGGUCUGUGAAUCCUGUUUAUCGACAAUGGCAAUAAAACCCCCUCUGAUUCUGAUUCUGAUUAAAAUCCCCCAAAAAGGUAACGAUGAAAGUUCCCUCUUCAUGAGUUAAAAACACCUGAGCACUGACUAAAAUAUCGUUAAAGACAGACCAACAGAGUAAAAUACAACAAAGAACAAAACCAAAAGAAAAGCCCCCUCCCCACACACACAGACCUCUUGACACAGACAUGUAGGGAUUAGCAGUGAGCAAUAAACACCCAAUCCCGUGUGAAAGAGUAUCCAGCUGAUAUACGCAGCCAUCUUGAUUGUUUUUUAACGACACACUGAAAUACUUUGCCCUGCCUUGUUAGCCUAAAGUGACCUGGUACAAGAACAAGAUGGACAUCUCACAUGAAGCCAAGUACCGGAUGCUCAGUAAACAGGGAGUUCUGACCCUGGAGAUCCGUAAACCCUGUCUGUUCGAUGGAGGCGUGUACACGUGCAAAGCUGUCAACGACAGCGGUGAGGACACUGUGGAGUGUAAACUGGAGGUCCGCCGUAAGUAUCCCGCUGCUGUCCCCUCGGUGUUAAAAUCACAACCUCUGCAGUGUUUACACGAACUUUUCUUCAGUUCUAAAUAGAUCUUAAAGUCAUGAUCCCUGAGUUUCUCUCCCCUCCUUUUAACUCUUAACCUUUAUUGACGAUGUUUUGUCCCGUCAUGCUUCAAACCACCCUCUGAUCCUGAGGUAACACCCAACUCCACCCCACACACUGAGAAAUGCUUUACAUGGAUUUGUCAAAUCAUCUGAGCUUAAGAACAAUUAUCUGAUGUACACAAAACCACCUCCUUUUUACCCUCCAUGUUUUUGAUUCUAAGAGGGCUUAAAGGUACGAUAUUAAAGGGAGGUUUUUUCAAGGAGCUGUAAUCAGAAUGUCAGAUUAAACAAUGGAUCUCAUGAAUAUUGCUGACUAUUAGAAGUGUCAAUCAUAGUGAUGAACGCACAAAUAAUGACAGCUCUACAGACUGUUUACAGUCCUUCAGGUCCUUGCUUUGGUUUUUGUUACUUUCAAAACCGCAUCUCUUAAAGCUCCCCCAGCACCUCCUGCUGAGUACAAAAUCACAGACUGACAUAUUUAGCAUGAGAUGCUGAGAAGCAUCUUAGCUGCUUAAGUUCUCCACAUUUCUACACGUGACCUAAAGCAGAGAUGACAAAGGAGUUAAUUGUAGCAGUGAGUCAGCAGUGAUCAUAUGUCAAUAUUAAUCUAAAUUAGGGUGACCAUAUUCUGACUUCCCAAAAAGAGGACACGACUACCCAAAACACCACUCUAUAGCCACAAAUAAUGCUAAGCGAGUCCAUCACUGACUGCAGCGGGGUGACGCAGCUCAAGGAAGAACAUUUAUGAUUAUUACUUAGAAAUGCAAUCAGACUGAGACGCCAAAGCAGAAGAACUACCGCGUCUGCAGUGCAAAAUGAUUAAUAUGAUUAUUAUUACUUCAAAGAAAUGAUCAUAAAUGUUCUUCCUUGAGCUGCGUCACCCCGCUGCAGUUGUGAUGGACUCAUCCGAGGUCUCUAUACAAACAAGUGUCUGCUGGAAGAGAGUAGGUGAGUUGUGUUUAGUCUCUGUGUGGCUGGGACCCUAUAUGUCCUGUUGAUGAAGUUAGGUGCUGUUCUGAGCAUUAUUUGUGGCUAUAGAGUGGCGUUUUGGUUGAGGUUUGUUUAUGGCUCUUGAGACCGCUGUGUAUUGCUAUUGUGCGGUCGUUACUACAGUUGGUAUAACUAUAGAAACAAGCAGUCGGCAACAUUCAUCUCUCGACGGGGUCUAACUUGUCUAACUUGGAGUUACGGUGUGUUUGACCCUAAAUUAAUUUUACGCUGGAUUAUCCCUUCAGUAGCAGUUAGUCCUUAUCACGCCAAUAUAUGCCUCAGUGUUCAUUUUUGCUUCUCUCUUGGUUUCUCUAUUUCAACUCAUGUUCUUGGCUUACAGCUCAAAUUAUCAAAGAAGAAAAGAAAGAGGAGAAGAAGUGAAACGCUCAGGCUGCAGACUCAGAGGACAGAGAUUGAUCUCCGACAGGUCCUGCUUGCUCACAUUGUUGUAUUUCCUCUUGCCUUCCUCUGUUAUCAUCAUUGUUAUUUAAGUGACCAUCAGGGGAUCCUGAAAGUGGCUGUGGCUCACAUUUUAAAUUCCUGCUCAUUUGUAGGUGAACAUUUAGAGAGUUAAUAAUUCUGUCACUGUACUACAUUUAAGGAGUAUGUUGUCAAGUAAAAUAAACCAAAGUAUGAGAAAGUAAUUUAUUUUUUUUGGUUCUUUUGCUCGUCUACUUUCAGUGAAUGGAGGGAAAUACUGUAUGUUACAGAUUGUUUUC